GCAGUCGCUGGUAAUAUAGCCAGAGCAAUGAGGAGUGACCUUUAGGUUCAACCCUGAGUGAGGUCAUGUCACUGUUGCCAUGGAUACUAUCAGCAGCCUGUCCUGUGUGCAGCAUUACCUCAGCUGCGUGGCAUUGUCAGGGUCAGAGAACAGGCUGUGACCUCCCCAUGGUGACCGACCACUUGACUGGGAAGAAAAACAGCACCAGGAUAAACAUUAUUAACCUGGUAAAGCUUAUUUUCUAUGAAUGGAAACGUCUAGUGAUGGCACUGCGGGCAGAAGCAUACACUUUUUACACUGAUUUAUGACUGUAAUAAGUCAGCCUGGGAAAUUGAGUUUGGAGUUUCCAAUUAUUAAUUACCGCAAAUAUGAAGUAAUAAGCACAGGAUGGUAUUACAGGAAAAAAUCUAACACUAACUGAGCUGAACAUAAAUUAGUGUAAGAAUCAGGAUUAUUUCAAUAUCUAGAAACUAACAAGGAAAGCAGACGUGUGCCUGUGAUUUCAUUCCGCUCUCUAAUGCCAGCACUGAGCUGUAUUUUAAAGAUGCUAUAACUGAUCUGACCCUGACAAUGUCCAUCUAUGCUCCUCAAGAUUUCUUUUCAGUGUUUACAACUGUCUAAGGUUUAUCUGCAAUACUAUUCCAUACAUGCAUAUAAAACCUUGAAUCAUAACUCUUUGUCAAAGUUUAAUGUUCUCCCAACAGAACGAGUAGUUAUCUGAGUGUUUAAAUUAAGUACUUUUCCCCUGAGGUAGUUUAAGACAUCAUGUAUAGAUGUCUUAACAUAUGCAUAUUUUGUACUGUCCAUUAAAAUAUACACAAAGUGUACAAAACAAACAAAGUGCAGAGACAAAAGAGGAAUAUAAUCUUUCCUUUUCAGUAACAUCUCUUCACUAUGGACAAAUAACCUGUCAGCAGAGUAUCUAUCUGCAGGUGCAGGUAAGAAACACGAGCACAUGCACGUGCAUGCACACAUGCACACAAAAGACUUUAAUAACUGCAAUAAAAAAAAUUGUAAUAUUUAGUAUCACAACCCAACACAAUCUUCUCCUCAAAUUGAAAACCUUAAUGGGAUGUCUUAAUCAUUUCAUGCAGGAGAUGCAAUAACAUAAAAAAUUUCUAUUUGUGGAGCGUGUUUGUCCACUCUCCUCCUGAUAGGCCCUAUUUAAUCAUGUUGUUCUGUUUCCUAAUUAGCAGAAAUGCAAAGUGUCUUUGUCACCUGUGGACAGCCAAGAGGGCUAAUUUGGGCUUUUCACUAAUUGCCACGGUAACGAGCCUCCUGCGCCUCCGCUGGGGGUGGGUGGAAGGCAUGGCAGGAGGAGGACUGGAGGAUGGAAGGAUGGAGGGAUGAAGACACAGCUCUCCUCACACGCGGCCGAGGUGUGAAAGAACGCGGCAGGCCAACAGAACGCAGCCUGGAGGAGUCCAACAGCAGGGAGUGGGGGACAGCCUGCGCUGUGAAAAAGCCCCAACACCCAGCUGAGAGGGAGGAGGAUUCAGCUCUGGCCAGUUCUGCUCUCUUAACUUUGAUGCGGAGAUGACUACAUUGGGUUGGAUAGUUGUUGGACGUUUUUCUGACACUGACACCUGUUUAAGCCCCCACCUGAUUUAAUGCUGGUUCUGACACAAUGUACCUUUCUCCUCUGUUCUUUUAAUAGAAAAAUUCUAGGUAUAACUCAGCAGGCAGUUUUUAAAUUAGCCUGACAUGUAUGAUGCCUGAGUUUAGGAAAUAGAAGUGAGUGAUAAAAGAAUAAAAAUUAUGACAUCUUCAAAUGUCUCUUAUUUUCAAGGUAACUCUUAGACAGUACAUAUGAUUGUGGAAGGGCACAGAGCCUUGGAAAUUUUACUAUUCACUCUAUUAUAUAGGCUACUAUUGAAACUGUAGGUAGACUGAAAAAGUGCCAGUAGUUCAAUACCAUGGGAGUAAAGCCUAAACUAAUGCAUUUUUACAAAUUAAUUAAAUAUACUCAAAUCCUAGACUCAAAUUUGCUUAUUUUUGUCUUUAAUUUCUUAAUUCUUUCUCUUUUUCGAGGUCCAUAUUUCUCCAAAUUUCAACAAAGAUACAACAGUCGUUUAGAGUGAAAUAAAUAUGACCCUGAACAUGUUGUUUCAUAGCGCCAAAAGUCUCAUGUCCAUUCAUUUUUGCAUAAAUUAUCGUCUCUCAGUCAUUUCUAUAUCAAAGCUGAAAAUUAAAUUGUUUCUAUUUACAUCAAUAAUUCGGCUCCAUCUAUGCCCCCCCACCCUGCAUUAUUACAAACCUUUUCUUUUUCUAAUAUAUUUCCCUUUCAGCUUUUACACCCUCAAUGCUCGGGGGCACCUUGUCCGUACGCUGCUCUCGGGGGCGAGCUCCUCAAAUGUGUGCGUGCGCGUGAGAGGGAGCGUGUUAGAGUGUGUGCGUUAGCGUGUGUGUGUGUGUGUGUGUGAGUGUGUGUGUUAGAGAGAAAGAAAGAGAGAGAGAGAGAGAGAGCGAGGGAGAGAGAGAGAGAGAGAGCGUGUGAAUGUGUGUAUGUGUGUGAGUGAGCGUGCGUGCGUGCGCGCGCGCGUGCGGCUGCUCUGCUGUUGCUGCCCUUUGAUCCCUGCAUUAGUGUUAGUUAGGGGCUCGGAGACACACUUGCACCGAGAGCAGCCAUAGUCAAGACACGGCAACAACAACAGCGGCACCUCCUCCGCCUGUGUUCCCAUUCCCCAACAAUACACUUUAAACCGAGCAAAGCCAGGUGCACGACCGAGUCCCUGCCAUCACUGGCGCCUUCAGUCUCAAUGGGAAAACCCUUUUUUCUUCUUAUCCCUAAACAAGGACGAGAAUGUGAUUAAAAACGGGGGAAAAUGCCAAGGAGGAAGCAGGAGCAACCCAAGCGCCUGCCUUCACGUAAGUCACUCUCUCGAUUUGUUCCAUUUUCGAGCCUCUCCGUGUGUUUUGCGCAGUAGUUUGGGGUUAAAGAGGUGAAACAGACAAAAGACUCGGCGUAGGUUAUUUCUCCCUUUUUAGGUCCGAGCGAGGCAGCCAUGUUGUAGGCGAUGGGUAACGUUAGCCCAGGCACUGAGUGGAUAAAUGAUACGUGGCUUUAUUAAGAGUAUAAUCGAUAGAGGUCCGAAUCUGCUAAAGGUUGCGGUCAGUUGGCAUAUGUGUCGGUUGUGUGUGUGAGGAAUAACGGCCGAGCGGUGUCCGUAACGUGCUCGCCUCUCUUGCUCGGUCGCUUUUCGGGUAGAAAGGGGAGGAUCUGGGAGUCUGGCCGCAAUAAAAUGAAGGGUCAGUCGGAUCAGACAAGCCAGAGUCUGGCUCCCCGUACCCUAGUGUUCCUAGUUAGCAAUAGCGCUAUCUAGCAACGCUUGGUAAACUUCAUUUCCUCGGCUUUAAACGUCUAACUUUCGCCUCACAGUUUGGGCUUUUUUUCUCACCACGGAACUGGAUUUGUUCGCGCUUGUUUGUCAUCGACUUUAAAAAGUGUGUUUCCCCCCUCUCUCUCAGGCAAUGCCUUUUCUCUACCCCUCCCAGUCUGCAUGCAGGCUAUGUCAGAGCCAUGGUCGGUCACCUGAAGUUCAGGGUUUUCCCCCCCUUCCCUUUGCAGCCAUUCAUUGCAGACAGACUACGAUCAAUAACGCGGUUAGGAAAGAGAAACGACACUUCUGCUGCUCCGUGUUGCUUAAAACAAUCAUAUGUCACAGCAGAAAGCGAUAGAAAUCAGCCUGGAGUUGAUUUAGGAAGGAGGCUGCUUUACUUUUGUACAUUUGACCCACCGUGUCUUGGAUGUUCGUAUUGUGCCUUUAUCAGUCCAGAUAAUGAAAAGCUGCGAUAACACACUCUGUCCACUAGAGGAUUGCAAGAGAUGGUAGUGGGCAGUGACAAUUAUUAUUAAAGGAAUGAGCCUUAAGUGUCAUUUUUUUCUGCUCUUGAUUAUUUCUGCUUAAUAUUGUGCGUAAGUAAACAGCUCAAUUAGUCACAUUGAUAUGUAAAUGUAAUGAAUAAUGGAUUGAUUCAUCUUUAAAUUGACCACAGGCUUGAUACAUUUAUCUUAUGACACUUAUCUUCUUCAUUUCUUAAAUGUCAGAGCAUGCCAGCUGUUCAGUCGAGCCAGACAUGAUCAGAGAGGCACUUUGUGUUGUCUCUUUUUUGCUCAGCUUACACAUAAUUUCAUUUCCAGGGGCCUGAGGAAUGAAUGAGAACCUACACUUGACACACUUUUUGACACAUGAAAUUAAACGUACACCUUCAUGCAACUCCUCAAGCUUCACAUCGUUUGCACAAAUGCUGCUUUUGUUAUUCCUAUAGGUUGUGUUUACUGAUUUACUGCUUUGUUGUUGACCCAAGGACGAACUUGUGAAAAUGCAGCGGUUGGCUGAGAAGCUUAGAGGUAGAAACUGGGUGACAGUAGAGGGUCUUUGUGUGUAUAUGUGUGAGACUGAGUGACAGGGAGGUGUUGGGACAGUGAGCCCACCCUGAUAUGCUGCAUAAAGGGGAUGUACGCCACAUGGUCGGAGUACACAGAACCUGGACGUAACCACACAUUACACAAUGCAAGAUUUGUUUUUUGAGUUUGAUUUGAGAAACUUGUCCGCUGAAUGUGUUGACCAGAAUCUGUCUUUAUUGAGUGAUUUAGCGUGUAGUGUAAUCACUUGCAGUAGUUUGUUAGUUCUACACCUGAAACGCUUUCUCUAAUUUUCUCAGUGACAUUCAUCUACUUCAUUUGAUUUAUUAAAUGACAUGUUUCCAGAGUGUUUGAAAAUGCUUACACAAAUAUAGCUGUAUAUUUAUAUAGUGUAAGAUACUCCAGCAGUAGAGUUUAUUAUUGCAGACUGAUUGCAUUAGUUACAUUUUUUUUUUCACACUUGUGAAGUCUUAGUUAAGAGUGACUCAUUAUUUCCCCUGUUUACAGGUGCACAAGUAUAUUAAUAGUCCUCUGAUUAUCUUUGUCAUUUGAGUCAGCUGUCGCUCACUCUGGUAAAAAGAAAGAGGAUUUUAUGUUUCUGUGUUUCAGACAUGAAAUAAUAAGAGAGCUGAAAUAGUUUUCCACGUAAAGAUUUUCUGACAGCUGUUUUGAUAAUUGACAUAUUUGUUUGAACAAUGAAGUGAAGAAGUCAAAAUUCUCUCAGUGUAGUUGGGCAUAUUUUUUGCUCUUUUCCAAGGAAGUAUCAGAGUGUCUUUUAAUUGUGCUUAAAAAAGACAUUUAAAGACUCAUCUGAAGUUUUAGGAAAAAACUUAAUGUCAUUAUAAAAUGUAUUAUAACACAAUAAAGCCUUGUGAUUACUGGGAAAAUAAUCACCAGAUCAUUAGAUAAUGAAAAAGUACUAAUCAUUCAUUUUGAAUAUUCAAGCACACACACAUAUAUAUUAUAUUUUACACACUAUAAUAAAGCAGGAGAUGUGCUGAUGAUUUGAUAACAUGAUCCUGGAGGCUGCCUUUUCUGAGGUGUCCUGGAACUUAAACAGGUGCCUAGUUUCAAAACUGUUCCUGACACAGUGUCACCAAUUUAUAGUCUAGAUGUCCAAAAUUUCCAACCUUUUGGACCAAAGUAAGCUCAUGUCCACCUUUCAAUUAAGCUGCUUUGUAAUUGGUCUGUAACAAAAAUACUCCUCACCCACGUAUCUGAAACCAUGUCCUCCUGUGUAGGCACAGUACUGGAGCGUUGCUGUGCCAGAGCUGCCGGGGUUUAAAUGAAAGCCUUCUCUGAUUUAGGAGUUGUUUCCCUCCUCAGUCAACAAACUGUCACAGAAAAGUAUGAAUUUGUCAGAAGCUUUUUUGCGCUUUGUUUUGGAUCUUCCCACUCUAGAAUGGAAGUGUCACCUCAUGCCAUUCGCUGUCAGUCUGUGUGUUUUCAUUAUUCAGCCAACAACACCCUGGUGGUGUGCCAGCCAACAAGCACAAUAUCGAGCUUCAAAUCUCUUCAUCUGUGGUGAAAAAGGGCAAGCUAAUACACUGGCUUUAAUGCUGGAGGUGCUUUAUCUUAGCACAGACCCAGAUAUAUGGGCUGUGUAGCCCGGCGUGCACUGUCCUAUUGUCUGUGGCACAGCUUGCCAGAGGAGACUAUUCUUUAAGUGUGUGUGCACGGCACGCACAUGUAAAAGUGAACACGCAACCUUUGUGUGCGAGUGUGUGUGUGUAUGUGUGUGUCUUUGUGUGUGUGUGUGUGUGUGUGUGUGUGUGUGUGUGUGUGUGUGUGUGUGUGCGUGGUUAUGUGUGUGUGUGGGUACAUAAGCCGACCAUGGAGGUCACAGUACAGUAUGGCGCCUUCACUCUGACAAGUAAACAUGACCUUUGGUGCCACAAUGAAAACUGCCAUUCUUUAUGACCUUGCAGCAUGUUAUUGUUGGUGUAAUUUUACAGCCUGAAUAUUCACACUUAAAAGUUGGACUUGUUGAAAAUGGAUAUUAGGUCUUUUUGUCUUUGUCAAAAUCAGCCUAAAUGUGUCGCUUUUACUCUAAAAUAUCACGUUUUAGAGGAUGCUGUGAAUUGAUGGAUUGUUGCCACAACAUUUCUCUACCAGCAGCAUCCAAAUCCUCUCUAGACAGGUGGCUGAAUAAGUUAAAAAUAUAGACUGCGUGAGAGCCCUCAUCAUAAAGCACAUAACCUUGUGUAUUAGGAGGAGUACCUGUGCUCCCUGUGUUUGAAAACGCAGACUUUUUUAACAUUUCCAGACUGAUUCUGCUCCUCAUCCUCAGCCAAUAGCAGACUGACUAACUGACUGGGUGGCUCUCUACCUUACUGUAAUGGCGGGUCACUGGCUCCCUUCCACUUGCUAUGAUUAUAAUGACCUUGGUGGGGCUGGGGCCUGAAAACAUUGGUUUAAGGGGAAAGGAAAAUGAGAGGAGGUUUCCAUUUCGCUCUUGGCAUAAAAAUUUGUUGGAAAUUUCUGCCAAGAAUACCCCCACCUCACCUCACCUCACCAGCACCACCAUCGCCGCCAUGUCCCCACCCCACCUCUCAGGUUGAUGAGACUUGGGUGCUCUGGCAAGUGGAGCUCAAGCGAAUAAUGAUAUACAGGCUUUAACUUAAAAUGAAUUAAAGGGCAGGGGAAAGUUGCUGGACACUGUGCUCACCGUUUGCUUCACAGAGUGCCUAUGGAGAUUCAUAUUUAUGAGCAUAACUGGACUCGUCUUUUUUUUUUUUUUUUUGCUCUUUUUAGUAAGUGAUAACAGAGACUGUAAGUCAGGGAUGGUGUGAUUAGCCUGGAUCCAAAGAGAUGUCUAAGCUUCAUGUUACAUACGAACGUUAACCUUAGAUGGUGAAAUACACAGUUGGCGAGGCUUAUACUGUAUGUAGCAGUGACGAACUGCUGUUCAAUCUCUUAAAAGGUGCUGAUAUAUGAUUGAAAAAAAAAAGAAAAGAAAAGUCUUUAAGUCUGUUUACAACUGAAGAAGAUGGAACAAACAUUUUGUUUAAAAAGAAAAAGAAAAACUUAAAAUGCUGUCAUUAAAAAUGUCACGUGUGGGUUGGAUUCUUGCGUUGAAUCCUUUUACAGUUGCUAGUUUUACAAAAGUUUUUUACUGCUGCUUUUGUUAAGUUUUGGUUAUUAUCCCGGGACAUUUUGAGUACAGUUGUACAAAAAGAGAACUUUACCGUAACACUUACUAUUCCAGGUCAAGCACCGUGCUUUUAUGACAUUGACAGUAGGGUUUUCAAGGUGAUGAUUCAAGUCCCUGGAUUUUUUUGCUCUUGCAGGUUUCCAGUGAUUCAAUUGAGAGACCUUCAACAAGGCCACUUUACUUGUCUGAAAACCAGCACAGAGAAGACGGUGUAGGAAGCAAUCAUCGACGUGUCCCACUUUCUUUCAAAGACCCUUUUUAGAGGUCUUAUACCCUGACUUUCCGAUCUUUGAUAACUUUUUGGAAAAAAAUUAAUUGUGAAAUUUGAGUUGGUUUUAGGCUAUAUGGCGCAAUUUUCUGAUAAAAUGUUUAAGCUUUUUAGGAUCAGGACUGUACUUGAUCACAAAGCAAACUGUUUAGUUCAGAACUUCAGACUUUAAACUUAAGUCAUGUCCGUGAGCUUUGCUUCCUCUGCUUUACAGAAAAGUUUGGAUGAUGUGCUUCUUUUGGCUGUAGGCUAAACUAUGCUGGUUAAGUUAGUUCAGACGAAGGGUUUCUCGACUAAUUGUUUGUACUUGUUGCUAAACAUAAAAAAAAAAAAAACCUUUUUUAUUAUGUUAGCAACACACAGAAAGUAUGCUGCUUAAUUCUUCUUUGUGUUGCUUUGGCUUCUGGUGCUGCACAAGGUUUGGUGUAAUCAGAAUAGUGUCACUAUUCCUCACUCAGAGAUCCCUUCAGAGUGUAUAUUAACAUGUGCACUGCAUUGUUACUACAUCGACAUAAAGCACCUUUUACAGUACUUUUGUGUGAGUUUCAUAAAUCUUCUAUCAUUUCAGAUUAUUUAACCCAUACUUUCAUCUUUUUACUCCUGCUUAUCUCUUGGUGGCUGCAGAGGUCUGGUACAAAUUCCAGCUGGCAAACAAACAAGCAUAACAAAGUAAUAUGACCUUAGUAAGGAUCAAGUCUCAUGACUUUUGUUCCCCCCCCUUCAACCAAAACAUGUGUAACCUUCAUUUGAUUACUGGGAGUUUCUGUGGAUUUUGCAGAACUGUUGCACUCUUACAUUGUUGUCUUUAUCUCCAAAGUCUAUAGUUUCUUAACAAGAAGGUAACAGGGGUUACUGGAAGGAGACUUGAGAUUUUACUGAUUUGACUGCUGAUAAAAAGAUCUGAUUUAGUGUUCAGCUGGAGUCUAGUUUACUAGUGUUGUGUAAGUUGUUCAGUAUCUUACUUGAUGACAAAAUGAGAAAAGUCCCAAAGAAAAACACUGAUGUACUCUUACUAUUUUUGAUAUAUUGAUUUGAUAAUUAAAUAUCACUCUGUGAUAUUAUAAAGUACAUGUCCAGUGGGCGUUUGACAUUAACAGUAAGAGGUUUAUUUACUCAGGGCUUCAAUUGGAGUCUGAAAACUUUUUAACACAACCUGAAAUGAGUUUCUUGUUAUCACAGACAGGAACAAAAGUUGUCACUGGAUGCUUCCUCAGAUUUUUGGUACAUUUUCGCUUGUCUUUUCUUUCAAUUUUGACUGAUCUAGGACAGUAUUUUAAUAAUUUCCACUAUUUUGGUUUUAGCCUCAGAGCUGUAAAUGUACUUCUGAUAAAGUCAGGAAAGGUAUUUCUUAAUUUUUGAAACCAAUUGUUGAUAGACUACACCUCAAGUGCACAAAGGAACAUAUAAUCCUUCCCUCUAGAGUGUGAUUUCCAAGUUUCUUGUGUUGAUUUACUUUGAGAUGUUACUUGAAAAACUUUAUCCGAAACAGUCGACUUAAAAAAAUUGUGCUCAACACGUCGUCGUCCAGAAUCAGAUUAGGAUUAACUUAAUUUGGUGUUUGGUAUCACUGAAGUGAAGUUAAAGAGGAGCUGAAAAUCCUCUGCUACGCUAAAUUAGGUAUCAGUAGCCGUCCAGAAGUACAGUACCUGCCUGUCUGCCUGGUCUCAAUCAGACCCCCUCUGUGUGGAAUAGAAGUGCCUCAGCCUUGGUAACGAUUUUUCCCGUGUUGACAAGUCACAACAUGGAGAUCUACAGCUCGGAGAGCAGCCCUUUGGCUACGCAGAGCCCUGCUUGCACUGAGUAAUAGCAAUCUCACAGGAGUAGCAGGCUUUCAGCUGGCAGCAGUUCAUACGGAACAGCUCGCCGGUGCAGCUGGGAAAGACAGAGCAGAGAGUAGAGGAGAGGGAGAGGGAGAGAGGAGCUGCUGGUGGUGUUGGUGUUGGUGUUGGUGCUAGCAGUGGAGAUGGAGGGAGGAGGGAGGAAGUGGAGAGAGGAAGAGCUGUUAAGAGCUUUGGGCGGUUUCUCUGUUGUUGUACCACACAAGUGCAUCCAGGCCCUGCAGGACAAGCCUUUAACAGGCAUGAGGGAUGGAGAGCAUGAGAGGAGAGGAGGAGGAGGCGGCGGCAGUGGAGGAGGAGGUGGUGGUCUGGGGAGCUGAAGCCGGCCAGUCGUGCCAGACGCCUGCUCUAAACAGGGAUGUGAUUUAUUGUUGGACUUGCGUUUCACUCCUAGAAAGGCACUAAAAUUACAUUGUGUAGAUAUAAAGGACUUUCUGAAUCGUCUUUAGAGAAAGACAAUCGCCCGUGGGCUGUAAAAAUAUUUUAGAGCAUGCGGUACAUCUUUAACUCGCACGUAAAAUUUGGAAGUUGAAGGCAAAAGUUGGUACACGAUUUUGCCUUUUUGGCUUUUGAAUGUGCUUUUGAAUCUGCUCUUGCGGCUGUAACAUACUGUAUACUUCCACUCCAUACCGCUGCGUUGAAAAAACAAAUUAAUUCAGUAUAGGCGGUUAUUGAAUGUAUAUUUCGCUAGGGGGCUUAAAAUGACUUUUAGCCACCAUGUUGAUCUUUGUCCCCUUUGCUGAAUGCACUCUGCACAGCGCAGGGCUAUGAGAUGACCUCACUUCCUGUGUGGGUAGAGGAGGGCAGAAAAGGCAUCAUACACACACACGCACGCACGCACGCACACACACGCACUUACAGAUACUCUUAAGCACGGCCUGGCUCUCGCUGGCCUUCAGUGCACGAGCCGGGCCAGCCCCUCUCUCCUCUUGGUUGUGGAAGUGUUUCCACGCUGCACGUUUCGGCAGUCAAGAGCAAGGCACAGGCUAAUGUCUCUAAGUAGUCGGGCUAACAGCUGUGUGUGUCUGCACCUUUUUGGGACGCAGGAUCAGUUUUAUAGGGAGAUUAAAAGUACAGAGAGGGAGUGGGGGCUGUUACAGACACAGGAUAGUAGCACCAUAAGGCAGUGACAGCUCUCUAGGGAAACAAUAUAUCAUCUCUGAAGAGGAGAGUGGAAGUGUUUGGCUGCGGGACAAAAAUCCCGAGGAGUUAAGAUCAUUGAUGUGAUGUCAUCUCAGAGAAAGCCAUUGUCAGUGCCAUGUGAGGGUUAUUUAUGAUGUUGAAAAUGCAGGUGAGCGUCUUGACUAAUUCACUGUUGCAAAGGAGGCAUCCCCAUUUGCACAAUAUCGCCGUAGCAUCUCCCAGCGCAUAAAAAAAAAAAAAAACAACUAGAAUGUGACCCAGGUCUCAUCCUUUCAUUGUUUACCAAGGGCAUUUGGUCAGUUCAUUUUGCCCUUGUGAUGCUAAUGAGAUUAGCUAAUCGCUGGAUAUUUCAUUCUGAGUGAUGAGCCUUGUAGUUUAUGGUACCUGUAAGAACCAUAACCAUAAGUGGAAACAAAUGAAGCCGGAUAAAUUAGCUGAGGACUGUAGUGAACGAGCAGAUAUAGGUAGGGAGCUAUUCUAAAAAGACCUAAAUCAGAUGGCUGGGCUCAUGAUUGCCCGUAUGUUCCCAGUGCCCACGAGUGCUUUGAAUGGGGGCCAUGUUGGUUCAGAUUGCCGUGUCAUUAAUCCCUCGUACUCUACAGGGGAGUGGUCAGCGGCAGAUGUAUUUGCACUUCCUCCAGAAGGUUUUCUAGAUUAGCACAAAUCCUCCCAGAAAAACCGUUUAAAAACCUCAUUUGGCACGCACAGCCAGACUUUGUGCUCAUAGCCGGCCAAAGACAGCCAUCCCUCCCUCUACAUCUCAUUCUCUCUGACUACCCUGAUUUUUUUUUUUUUUUUUAUAUCCCCCACCUUGUGGUUCUCAGAGCUUAGCCCCACGUCGAUUUGGACAGGCCGGUGUAAUUGUUUGGAAACUGGGUUCUGUCAUUUGCAUGUAGCAAGCAGCCACUUUGCCAGUUUCAGUGGUUUGACCUUGUUGUACCUGCCAGCCAGAAAUGAGAUCAUCAGAGGAGUAGACGAGAAGCUGACAUCUCUCCUACACCUACCCGUGGCUUUAAGUGAUGGUUGUCAUAGCAAUCAUUAUGCCACAGAACAGACUCAGUGGGUGAAGGAUGGCUUUAAAUGCGGCAGCCUCAGGUCACAACCUGGUUAUGACAAAACAGAUAGACCUAUGAGGGUUGCAGUACCCAGUCUGCACAAAGUAAACAGCCGCAUACAUCGCAUGUCAGGUCCGUAUAGAUUUCAGGUGCAGAUUAAAAUUACUGAGGCAGUGUCUCCUUUUUUAUACCUUGGAGAAAGCGAGGCAGGUAUUGGUGUAACAGGGAGAGAAAGAGCGGCAUGGAGCGAACAAUGCCUCUCAUUCCCAUCAGCUGCCCUGGCCAGCAUUUAACAUGGAGAUUGGAAACGGAAUAAGCUCUCCCCUCCUUUCUCCCUGGACCUGCAUGUAAAUGAGGUUAGCGGUUAGCAUUUCCUGCUGUGCCACAGCAAUUCUUCUCCCUCUUUUUCCUUUUUUCAAAAUAAUGGCCUGAAAGUGCUCCCCCUUUUUCCUAGGGUAGAGACCGGGACCAAUGCUGAUUAGUGUCUCUGUCCUAAGUGACAGGCUAAAAUCCAAGCAGGCACUGUCUUGAGUGCUUCUGCCAAACAGACGUCAAACCAAUGCCACCAUAAAAAAGCUCCCCCACCUCACCCCUCCUUCCUUAAUUCUCAAGAUUCCCUCCCUCUUAGGUCUUCUUCGCCUCUCUGCUCAUUCUCCCUGGUUAUCCAGUCUGAGUGUCCUGAUCAACACUGCCUCCAUCGCUCUGACACGCUGUUCCUUUGCAUACAUCCAUACAUCCAUACACAUAUAGGAUUACCUCUCUCUCUCUACCCCCACCUCGCUCUGCAUCCCUGGGUGGACUGGCUGCUUCAGAGCCGAGUGUCCCUUUUGCCAGUGGGGUGAUUUACAAACAAUACAUGGACGCUGUACACACUCCCACCUUCCACCCUCCUACUCUCUCUCUCACUUCUCUUCCACAGACACACAAUCACCUCUGUGAGGAGCGCCAGUGUGCCAGAGAACUACACAGCAGGGUGAUGGCCUGUUCUUUUUCACACUUGCUUCCAAAGAAUGUACCCCGUCUCUCCGAGAAUGCUAGCGCGACAUCCACGUCUCUGUUGAAUGAGGUUACUUUAUCAACCGGAAGGAAAAAUUGAUGGGAUCUGACUUGUGUGUCAAGUGGCUUAUAAUUAGUAGUUUUUAAAACCACAUGAAAUGGUAAUCUGAGCUGUAUUCAUGACAAUUUUUUCCUAGUAUUACAGCAAAUACGCAAGGGAGUCAGUUGAAUAGUUGGAGGCAUAUGCUAAUUACUGUGUUUAAGAAGAGGAAAUUUGAAAAAGUUAAAAAAAGCACUAAAAAUACGACUGGUGUGCUCCUGUUGUAUCUGUAAUGAAGCCGAAUCCUCAGGCUUUUAUUCUCUUUCUAUUUGUACCAGUCUAACAGAAACACUUCAUACACUUUAAAACAACCACUGUAGAACAGAGGAUUAUUAAUGUCCACAAGACAGCAGUGUUUCUAAGUCCAAUUUCAGUAAGUCAUCCAGCAUAGGGCAGUAAUAGAAAAUAGUGUCGGUCAAGAGCACUGUAAGUAUCGUUGUGAGGCGUUUAUAUCUUGAGUUUUUCACACAUGUAUAAAAAAACACUCAAGUUGUUUUCUGCCAUAUGUGGUAUUUUUAAGAGUGCUGCAUGUGUUUGCCUGUAUUCACUUUUACAAAGAAGGAAGCCACCCACAUAAGCCUAUUCCUAUGAGAUACAACAGCUGAAGUCUUGAUGACUACGAACGGCUCUUUCUCACAGAAUCAAGAGAUUACGCUGUCGCUGUACAUCGUUAAAGACACUCUGGCAAUAAGCCCCGUUUAUCAAGCAACCUAUGAAUGAAUUUUUUUUUUUUUUCCCUGACAACUUGGUAGAAUACUCUCUGAAAAUGUUCACAAAUAAAUGUCCACGUGCAUCAGCAGAAGCUACAAAUAAUGACCACCUAAUUAUAUCUUCUAAAUUAUUCAGUCCAAAAAUGAAAAUAAAAAUGAAAGGUAUUCCUUGUAAGUAAGUACUUUUAAAAAAAAAAACGAGGGUCAGAUAUUCAUAGUUUGUUUUGGUAUGCUUGCCAUCCCUACUGCAUCCUCCUGAAAAGCCUACUGCAUUUUCUAAAAUGAAAGAAUUGUGUUUUGGCUGGUUGCAGACAGACUUGGCAGCUGGCUUUUAUCCACAAUAGAUGGAGUGUUAUCUUCUGAUUCAUGAUGCAAAUGACUACAAAUUUCAGAUAGACUAUGUUUGUACUGUAUUGAAAUGAAAGGAAAGUUGUUUUUUCGGUUUUCAGCCUACCAGCAGGUUUGAGAUGGAGGUUUUUGUUCUGUCUGCCAGUGGAUAGUCAAAUAAAAAGAAAAAAACAGCCAGAAUAUUUAAAGGCUACCAAUGAAACUUUGCUGGAUGUAUCAUUUGUUUAAAUGCCAUAACUGAUUAUCAAAUAGGUUGACCUUUUUAAGGAAACUCAAAUAAUGAAGAUAUAUUCAGCUGAUUUUAUUGACAUGUUUGUCACUAAAAGUCUCAGUUUUUGAAACUUCCUGUCUGUGUUAAUUUUCUUUUAAAUGUACUUCAAUUAUAGUCUUCAUUUUCCCUGUUUGAUGUAUGUGCCAAGACAUACCUGCAGGUUUUAAUGUUGUCUCAAAAUCCUCCUCGUGUUGAACACAAUGGGUAGCUAAAAAGACAGACUAAUUCUUCACAGUAGAGAGAGGAGAGAGGGGGGGUCAGCCUCUCUGAAGAAUUGCUGCGAAACAAUAUCUUGUCAAUCAACUUCUGGCUUGUGUUGUAGGGAUGGAAGUUUAUUGUUAACAAGGCUUAUUUCAGCAGCCCACUUAUAGGCAAGUGGCAGCUGCUAAAUUUUGACACUGCCAUUCAAAAGUAUUGUAGAGCAAUUACAAGAGCAUGAAGGCUUUAAAACACUUAGCUCCAAAAUGAUGUUUAGUAAAUCAAAGCAAUUCAGUCAGGAAGAGAACAAAUUUUAAUGCAGAAUUAACAUUUUAAAAAAUUAUACCUAUUUCACCCUCAUGUACAUGUGCCACAUACUGGUGAGUGAUAAUCUGCACUAAGAUCGCUGUUAAAAGAAACAACCAUGGUUAUGUUUUCUAGGGCUGGGAUGAUGUGCUUUUCUCCCAAUCCGAUUCUUCUAUGAUUUUUUGGAUGCUUUGAUUUAAAUUGCAAUUCUACGAUAUUAUGGAUUUUCUCGAUCUUUAGUCUGCAUUUUUAACACCAGUGAAACAGUUGAAUGAGAAUGUUUGUCUAAUGGCUAUUCCAGGAACCAUAUUUCCCCAAAAAAUACACAUCACAUGUAAGUCAGUUUUUAAGAUGUAUUCUUAAAUUUGAAAACAAACUUGUAAAACAAAAAGUUGCGCUACUUAAGUGAAUCGAUUUUUUUCCCACUCCUAUUUUUUUCGCGUCUUCUUUGAUGGUUUGACUUUUGCUGAACUCAGAGAAAUCAUCUUAUUGUACCAGAAACUUGUUAAUGAACAGAACGAUGCCUAACGAAGGCACAACAUCUGAAGUGUAACCUUUGACAUUCAGUCUUACAUCAUUUUUCCGAGGAAAGGACAGGUCAGAUUCAGAGCUUCCUGUAGUUUUAUCUUGUGGUGAUACCAUGUAGUUCUUUCUCACUUUCAAAUAGAGGGUUAGUUAAACCUAGGGCUGGGCGAUAUGUCAGUCAAUAUCACCAUAUAUGUCACAAUAUAAAAAAUGAAAUUUAACGGUGUUUAUUGGUAGCAUGUCUUUUGCAAUACAAUAAGCUACUUCAUCUGUGAGGUCUUUGUGUCUCUUCAAUUCCCCCUUUUCAUUGGCUAUUCGUAUGGUCUACCAAAACAUGGCAGAAUGCCGACUAUUGAAAAGCAUAUUGACCAUGUUUUAUAUUGAUAUUGAGGGAAAUUAAUUUUUGAUCUAUAUCAUCAUUUUAUCGCCCAGCCCUAGUUAAAUCUUUCAGACAUGUAAUCUUCUGUAAUGCUGCUGAGAUUACUUAUCAAUAUAAAUAGGGAUGAACCACUCAACCAAAAACACUGGGAACCCUGAAUAAGUCCGUAAAAAAAUCUCAGAGCUGGUUGGUUUUUUAAAAAGCAGUAGCAUGUAAAUAGACAUUAUAAUGACUGUCAUCCGGUGAGUUUGUCGGUUAAUCCUUACCUCUGUUCACCGGCACAAACUAAGAGCUGCUCAGGGACCCAAGAGCUUGGAGGGGUAUUCAGAUUCAUUCAUGUCACAAAUACAUCUAUGUGCUUAGGAUACUUAUUGUUUUUUCAGUGAUAUUGGUGGCUUUGAUCUUGGAUCUAUUUGCACAGUCUGCCACUGCUGGGUACUUUAUUACAGACUAUUCGAAUGCUCAUGCCUCAGUCUGGUACAUCAACCUUUAUUUACCUCAAACGAGUACAACAUGACCAGAGCCAGCAACACCAGGCUUACAUAUUGGCAAAAUGACUAUCCAGUAGUUUUUAUCUGCUCCUAGAAAGAGACUCGAUUUCCUUCAUUUUUGGCAGACAUUCAUAAUCUGUAUCGCAGUCUGAUUUUUCGUAGGCAAACAGCUUUUCGUUAUGAAGGCACUUGAUCCCACUGUACAAAAAAAAAAGCCGUCCAUGGUCAAUCUCUCCUGAGUAACUCAGCAUUUUUCAUUUUACAUGCAUAACUCCUGCAAACAUGUUAAGGGAAAAAAAUCCAGCAUGCUUUCAAAGACUGCCAAAAGCCAAAUAGUCCUGUCUCGGUGUGUGGUGAUACCUCUGCUGGGGUUUUGUAACAUAAACUGAGCAUGCUCUUCCCUUACUGAAUUAAAAUCAAAAACUAUUCGUCCAUAGACAUCCCCAAACUGUCUGUUGAAGUUGUUUUGGUUUUGGUCAGACAGUAAAUUUCUGCCAGGUGUCUAUAUGCCUCCAAGUGUUUUGGCCAGCGUUUGCACACCUCUGACUGUCUGGCACAUUGGACAGAUUAUUGCUGACGGUUCUAGGCUCUAGUUUUCAAGUUGUAGCUUUUUUUUCCACUUAGCUUUCAUGGUUUUCUUUAUAUAGAAACUUACAGCACUUGGGAAGCACCUGAAAACAGGAUCUCUAAAUAUAUUUUAUUUUCUGUACUUGAGAAUUUGUUUGAGUAAAAACAAGCACACAUUAAUAUUUGCAAAAAAAUUCACCAUGAUUAACCAGUCAAAUCAAAUCAGCACUUUAAAGUGGGUAAGAUGCCAUGUUUUAGGUGACCGCUAUACCAUUAAAAAUUCAGAAAGAGGCAUUCUUUUGCAGUGCCUCUUUUCAUACUUCUUGUCCCUUGUUAUGUCAUAAUCAUGCAUUCAUUUAAAAGGGAGGUUUACUAUCAAGUUAGUGAGUAAACCUUGUGGAUUGCUGGUUUGAUUGAAAGACCUCAAUCUGAGAUGAGCGACCAAUGAAGGAGGAUGUGGUAAACUGAUCUAGAGCUUGAAACUGCACAUUGCUGAACAGAACAGAAGUCUCCCCUAGAAUGAUGCUCUGACUCAGGUUUAUUUUGGAUCCACAAUCCUGUAUGCAGUUUUUAUGAUUUAGUUAAAAAAUAAUCAUACCUUGUUUGAAACAUUACAAAAGCAGCCGGGGUUGGAUUUGAUUAGAUUUACGGUUCGCAGCCUGUGUUGGAGGAAGAAAAUGUCACUCAUGUAAACUGAUAAAGUAGUUUAGGGUGAGGCUGAACUGGAAAAAGUUGGCAAGUCCAAGCUUCAUAUUAAACAACCAAAACUAAAAAAAAAAUAUGCCUGUGGCUUUUCAUCAUCAUGCUUUUACAUUUGCAUCUCACUGUGGACUUCUAAUAUGACUUUGAAAGUGUCUGCGUAAGACAGUGAAUGCCCUUUGUCCACUCAGUUUUAACUGGUACACCGAGAUUGAAUUUGACAGGCUUAUGUGUAAUAGAUGUUUCAGAUAUUUUCAAGCUGCUUUUGGGACUGACAGCAAACAUUGGCACAAUUUUCACUCAUCAAUUACCAUCAUUAGCUUGCUAAUGCAGUUUAUAUCAAGCGGGGGCAGUAGAUUAUUGCUGGAAUUAUAAUCUUAAUCAUGAUAUACUCUGUGCACAUCGAGGCUGAGAUAAAAAAAGACCAAAAUCAGCAUUGUUCUCAUCUCUUUCUGGGCAGUUAGUUACUCUUGUAUUCUUUGCACUGGUUGUCUCACACCUCCCGUAUUCACACAUUUGCAUCAGGACGUUAUUGCAUAUGCAGUAGAAAUCAACUCUCUUUUCAGGGAUGUGGGAACCUUUUUAACAGCUCUCAGCUUAGUGCAAUCAUACCAGAUUCAUAACUUUAAUACUAAGCAGCUAAUUUAUUAUUGGGUUUUGGAAAACGGGCUCUUCCUUUUUUAUGCACAUGUUCAUUUUCAGCUGUCAAAACAAUGUGGGCAUGUAGUGAGAAAUGUUUCUGUAAUACAACCACUUCAGUUUUACCACAAAAUAGAUGUAUUUACAACAUAUCAUGGCCUGCCAAAAGCAUUUCCGAACACAUGAUUUGCUUUUAAUUUCCACUUCAGGAAGCAUUAUGAAGUCGCUCACCAGAUUCAGUUGUUAUCUUCUUUGUAAUAUGUCAGUUGAUGCUGCAAAGAUGCAAUAGAUACACUACUUCUUUCCCUGCAGCAGUUUAGAUCCAUAGCUUUGAUGACACAUUUGAGGUUAUGAGCAAGUAUUUUUUUUAACACGAGACGCUAAAAAUGGAAGGCAAAAAUAAACCAGGGGGUAAAGUGCACUUCAUCUGCAAUGAGGAAUUUCAGAGGUCUGGGGCUCUCAGUCGUCUCAUUCUCUUCCAAGAACACUUCUCCUUCCUGUUUCACCUCUGGCAUGCCGCCCAAAGUACCCACAAACCACGGAGGCCAAGGCCGAAAAUACACAGAUGGUAAUUUGCACUACAUUUCAAUACGACUCAACCGCCAUUAUAUAUAGCCCUGCUGCCUGAACCCUGAUCCUCAGCGAGAGUAUCGUCUCACCUCAGAUUCGAGCUAAAAGAUGGGCUCUUUAUGUCUUUGUCACAGACUACAAGCUGAACAGGAGAACAGAGAUGGCCAGAGUGAGACGGAGGAGUUGAUUCUGAGUUCUGGCUAUGUUUUGAUGUUUAACUUGAGCCUUGUUGAAUACACAGGAGAAUUUUUUUUUCCCCUGGAUCAAGUCAUCGUGUCGACAUAAUUAAUUGCUGGACGAUUGUCUAAUGGUUUGGCGUUCUGUUCCAGAGAAGAAAAGUAGAUGCAGUUUUUUUGAUUUACUUCGAGUAAAGGCCUUGACAAUGACACCAUAAUUGCUCACCGACGGUAUGUAUAUAGAAGUGCUCAUAUCAAGAGUACAAUUUGCCAUAUGGACACUUGAUUAAAAUAGGUUACCAUAAGGGAGUCGUGUGUCUUCCUAAAUAGAGACAAACACAUCUGCAUCAGUUUCAUCAUCGUAAAAAAAAGGUAAUCUGCUAUACUGUAAGACAUUUUUGCACACUGCGAAAACACUUGUUAACAGUUAUGUUUAAUCAGCCUCCUCGUAAAAAUAAAACAUGAUGGAUAAACUUUAGAGCAAUUGUUACAAUGCUCCUGUAAAAAAAGAACAACAGCUUUCAACAGAUUUGUGUCGUAUUUUUUUUUUUAUAAUGAAGAGAGAGGGAAAAUAUAUGUCUGCUAGCUCCCACACGUCCAGCUGGAUUUAUUUGGAGCAUCUGUGUUUUAUUUCUUUAUUUAUGUCUAAUAUUUGUACUCCCUCUUACGGAUACAGGAGUAAGACGGAGAGGGAUGAAGGGAGACAAGGAGAAAAAAAAAAACACGUGGGUGUGAAAGAGAUAGCGCAAGUGCGAGAUUAUAGAAAAGUGAAGGGAAGCUGUCCUGAUCCAGUCUGUCCCAAUUAAUGGAAUUACCUUCCUCCUCCGGAGAACUGUUAGUCAUUUGCAGAGACGUGAGCCCGCCAGUAGAGCGUCUCUCCCACCAUAUUGUCCAGCAGGCGCUAAUAAGGCAGCCCUGACCGCCGGGCGUGCUCAUUAGCAUAGCCCGCGGCCGUGGCAACCCCCGCUAGGGCCCAGCCGGACACUUAAUUACCGCUGCGGCUCCUUCCUUACUAAAUCCAUACUUCUGCCUUCCUUCCUAUGGCCUCACCUCCUGCUCUACCUCCUUAACCCACCCACCCCCAAAGACACACUCAGGCACACACAGCCAUUUUCCUCUCCCAGCAAAGAUGUAAGGCUAAUCAUUUUGGCGAUGUAGAUACGAUGGCUUUAUUCUUCAGAUGUUGUGGUGCUCUUUUAUGUUAUCCCUCUUUUUAUAGCUUCGCGGUCAGCAAUCCUGAAAUUUUACUGAUUCCCUGACCCGCACUGCCUCUCUGCGGCUCAUGCUCCCUCUGUCUUGGCCUCUCUUCCUCUCAUUGCUAUAUUAGCUCAUGGGCAUGACUCUCAUUUUGACAUCGGCAGAGUAUUGAUGCACCCCUGUUCAGCCUUAAUCGGCUAAUGGCUUCCUCUUCUUUCCUGCCCAGCCAAAUCAACCCCCCCUCCCGCCAACCCCCCCACCUUCCCCUCCUACUUACCAUCCUUCUAUCUGUCCCUUCCUUUGCCUGCCCGUCUUCUCUCCCCCGGCCCUGCUCAGGCCUUGGGUCAGUGAGGCCAAUUUUCAUGCCUGGCUAAGUCACAGAAUAGCUAUGUGUGUACAUGUGUGUGUUUGUAUGUGUGUGGUUGUGUGUGUGUGUGUGUGUGCAAAGGAGGGGGAAUAUGUUAGUCAGCAGCCUCACACAAGUCAUGUGGACGGUGACCUCCUGACCUACCUCCAUUCCAGUCCUGUACACCUCCCUUUAUCAGCGAUCACUUUGUGUGACAAGGAAGUCUGCCUGACUACUGUACUCGCCCUGUAUGUAUGUAUAUGAGAGCGCACACACACAUUCACACUCACACAUACAGUACAUGCACCCCUCUUUGACCUAGAAAAGUCUCGGCCAAAAUAAUCCUGCCAAGUUCACAAGUGGAGAUUGUUGACAGCACCGCGUGGCAAAACAAUGAACAAGUACACUACCUGUAAUGUCCGGCUGCUUUCAGCUGUACUUAGCGGCUGUGAGCUCACUGUCUCUGUUCUGUGACAGGUAAAAAAAAAAGUACAGAGGUGUCCAAACACUGUAAGUCACAGAGGUGCUACAUCAAAAUAUUUUUAGCCGCUCUGUGCGCACCUCUGUUCAAGCUCAAGGCAGUUCCGGCCAGUCUGAAAGCCUUACACUGGUCCCUUCAUGUAGUCUCAGCGUGCACUUUGACUUCUCCUGUUACUCUCUUUGUCUAUACCAUGGCGGCACUAUACAUCCCUGUGGCCCAGAGAGAAAAUCCCCCCCGCCACUGCACCAUUGAAUCACCCAUGUGUGAGUGAUAACAGAUCCAGACUGCUGAGCCCCCCGCAGCUGUUUGUCUCAACAUGCAAGUCAUCCCCGCCAUUACACCGCUAAAUGGUUCCCUUUCAGUGGCAGACGCUCACCGCCUCAGUCGUAUCUCCAUGCCUCCAUCACUUGAGGGGGGUGGGCUGCGCUGUUACUGUCGCCGAGCCAGCCACUGUACCAGAGGCAAAGCAGUUGAAUGUGUGUCAGACAAAAAUGUGUUGGGGUUGGGGGAGGACUCGUGUAUUAAAUCACAUUCUUGGCUGUGUAGUUUAAAUAUAUGUAUGCACGUGCUUGUGUUUGUCCCUAUGCGUGUGGUGGGCACACAGCAGCAGUGCAGAGCUCAGACGAAGUCCCCUUAGAGCCUGGGCCGGAGACCGUGACCUUGGGAAAUGUCAUUCCGCCUACGGGGGUGGCUUGCCUGUGACACACAAAGCCCUGCUGGUGGAAUGCACCAGAGCACUGUAGCCUGGUGCGGUAUAGUAUUGCGUCCAGCUGCACCUAACCCGAGUUUUGAGAGAGUUCAGCCACAAAGGUGGGACCUUGGGUCAGCAAUCUAGCCAUUUCCCCUCUAACCACAUUACAGCCAUUAGUGGCUUUAGCUGUUUUUUCACAUGUCACAUGGAAAUGGGUCAAGCCCUGCCUUGCAUGACUCACAGGCUCUCCCUUUCUUUCCUUCUCUUUUAUUCCUGUUAACCCAGCUCAGGUGGGAAAAUGGAUUCAAUGAGCUUGUGAAAUUGACUUCCAAAUUAGUGCAUCGUGAUAUUUUUAAAAAUCUUUACAGCAGUUUUGCAUCACAAGAAGGAUCAAGUUAACUGUUAAGUGAUGUUUCUUUGGUUAAGUUUUCCAACUUGAUAUCAUUUACUGAGGAUGGACUCUGUGCUCUCUUCUCAUUGCACAAAAGUGAAGCCAAAACACCCCUGACAUGGGCACUGACAUACUGUGCAUGUGGUGUCUUUUCAAGCUAAAGUUCACACAGUCGUGAUUGGGGGCUGCGGUAUUGACGCCCCGUCCCUCCUGCUAAAAGAAGACAUCUGUUUACUAGCUACACAGAGAGAAAGAUGACUCGGGUCAAAAUAGUCUACAAUAAAACAACUUUGUGUGUUGUUUACAAAAAAUACUCAGGAUCAUAGAAAGUUCAGUUUGUCUUCUGGUAGUGUUUGUUACCUUUUCUUUUGCUGUUCUUCUUCUACUUUACAAGGACACAUCACAGCAGAACUGCAUCAUCACAGCGCUGUCACUUAUAGAGUUGUACCUCAUUUUUACAAGAUCAAAUAACUACUUUAAAACUUGUGGUUCGAGCGAACUUUGAAAAACACCAUGUUCAAGAAACGUGAAUUUGAUUUUAUGGCUUAGCCAUGUUCCAUCUGUUUACAUGGAGGAGGCAGGCCUUUUGGCUUGCUUUGACUGACAUUGCACUUGUUACCUCACUGUUGUUUGUGAUUCUCACACAAUGGCUUAUCUAAAACAAGAUGAAUUUAGAGGCUAAUUGGUAGGUGUGUACCGAUCACAAAUCUCUGGCCAAUCACAGAUCUUUAAAAAAGCUUGACCUGGCGAUACCAGUUUUGGCCGAUACCAUUUUUAAAAAAAUAACUGACAGCAUACACCUUCAAUGUUCUCAUCUUAUUUUGAUUUAUUUUGGCCUUACAUAAAUUACAAACUGAAAACCUUGCCUUUUUCUUUUACUGUGUAAUACUGCAAAACAGACGACAUGCUUGGUUGACCGUUCUCCAGGUGACUGUUGUUUACCUUUGCAGCUGACGCACAUGUUCGUGCACAUGUAACCUGGUGGGUGGGCCUGUGGAUAAGAUCUGUUUCAUAUGUCAGGAUCAGCCGUUCGCUGAUCCCCCAAAAUUUAGGAAAUCAUCAUUAAAUGAUCAGUACAUGUUUACGAAUUGGUGCAAAUUGAUGCAAUAAUGGGCAUACUUCUUGAUGCCACAUUUAUAAAGUAUAACCAGCGAUACUAUUACUAUAAUAUUGGAAUAGUUUGUUGCACAGUGUACUUCGUAUGAGAAGAUGAACAUCGCUUUCAUUUUCAUACUCUGGAGUCAGUUACAUUUUGCUUUUUUUCUCAGAGAAGACAUUUUUAUGUUGUUUUGGAAAGGCAAAAAACUAAUAUUUUUUAUCAACACCAUUGUGUUUGGUUUUGGCAACUGACAUUUUCAGUGAACUUUAAAAAAAAUCUGAAAUGGACGUGUAUGUGUGAGACAGAGAUGAGAGCAUGUUGGGAAGUGUGUGAGGCCUGUUUGAUAUCUGUUGCACCAGGAGAGAAGGAGUCAUACAAGGUUGUGAUUGUGGUCACCUUUGUGGACCACGACGAGCCACGCUGGCCAGAUGUCAGCCAACUCUAAUGAUCUUUACAGGUUACUGGACUAGGUUGCUUGGCAACAGUUUUGCCAUUGCCUGUAAACAGUGAGCAUUGACCCACCAGGCCUCUGUCAGGGUGGCAAAGGUAAAGACUGCUUUGGUGUGUGUGGAUAAGUACGUAUGUGUAAGUAAUCCUCCCAUAGCUUCACGGUCAUGCGGCUCUAAAAGUGCCCAUUCUUUUCAGAAAUCUCAGCAAGUGCCUUUUUAACAGAGUUUUUGUUAGGUUGUGUACAGUAACCCAAAAAGAAAAAAAAGUCAGUUUUGACAUUUUGUUUUGCUCAGGCCUGGUGCUUUUGACAUAUUCUUAUGGUGGUUUGUUAAUAUGUAUCAGGAUAUUCACUUUUCUUUGUUCGCCCUUGUCUGGCAAGCUGUAAUGUUUUGCUUAUGAAUAUUGAUACAUGAAGUGUAUAUUAAUGACCCUUGGUGACCUUAACCCUAUCCUUAUUGGCUCCCCGGUGGUAUCUGCAGGCUCAUGAAUAUUAAUCUAGUUCUGUAACCUCCAUUACCCUAAUCUUUGCUGUCUAGCCUCCCAGAAGGACCCGUUGUCAUGGUAACCCCUUUACUAGACUCUUCCAGACCAAGGGUGGGAAAAAAUAUAUUUAAAAAAGGACAGAAAAAUCUAAAUUACUCAAACAUCUUGGAUUCGCCUUGAGGAAAACUGGCAUUAUAUAAGAAGGAGGUUUAAUUUUGUUGGACAGGAUAUUUUUUGGUGUCCUUUCUGUGCACAGAAGUGUUUAUUUGCAGCUCUAAAUUCCCAUAUCUAACAUGAAGGUAACUGUGAUAAUGAAUAUUCAAAACUGUGUUCUGUGAAGCUUUCGCAUAAAAACGAUCCCCAGUUAUCGCCCAUCAUAAGAUGAGAGUAAUCACAGAGAACAGUGAGUUUUCUUUUAAAUGACUGCGAUAGAGCUCUAUGUGCUUGAUGAACACAACUUUUUUCUUGGGGUGUUUGCUGUAAGAUAACACCUGGUCUAACUGUUAACUUAAAAAAAAAACACAUAAGGAUAUCUCUGCAUAAUUAACUGUGUAGCAUCUGUUUCUGUCUGCUCAUGGUAAAUUGUAUGGUAUCUCUUCUCCUCCAGAUGUAGACAGCAACGAGGAAGGAGGGCCUGAUGAUGGUCCCGUGGAGGAGGAAGGCUGGUUUGGGAAUGCUUCUGACACCCGCUCAGAGUCCUCGUCCUACGGAGACACCCAGGAUGAGCUCCUCCUGCCCAGGGGCUCCUCUCCUGAAGAGCAGCCUGGAGUCAGCUCUGGGUCGGGGGACCACGAUACCUGCGGAGGUGAGAGCUCAAUGGGUUGCCCCACACCCGUCCAUCGUGCCUCUUUGGAACUUCUUGGACUGGAUGGAAGUACAUUCUCGGCCCAGGACACACUCUCGUCUGUGGUGUCGUCGCUGUACGGCGAGGCAGCAUCUCGUGCCCUGGGGAAACCCCUCAGCAGCAACCUACGGCGCCUCCUAGAGGCUGGGUCGCUAAAACUUGACACUGGGGACCUCCUGGGUAGGUCUUCCAGGGGAGGUGCUGGGGGCGAGUCUCCUCCAAUAGGUCUUGCUCCACCUUUGACCCUCUCCCCGUCUUCUCAUCACGCCCAGCAGUUAAGUGCUCUUGCCCGAAAACUGGCUAAUAACAACAACAACAGCGGCUCAGCCUCACCGGCUUCCUUAACACCCUCAGUCACCAACAUUAAGCAAGAGCCCCUUGACCCCUUUAACUCUGUCACCCCGACUAAUGGCAGUGGCUUCGUUUGGGCAGGUGUAGCAGAUAAGUGGCCACCAGCCAGCUGCUCCACGCCCUGUGGUUCCAGCUUGUCCCCAGACUCUGCAAUCCAGAAACUAAAGGCUGCAGCUAAUGCUGUACUUCAAGACAAAAAUGCCGUGGCCUCCUCCUCUACGACCUCCUCCUCCUCCUCCACCUCUGCCUCUUCUGCAGUGCCCGCCCUGGGAGGGGGAAGUCGAGGAGAUGACGUGGUGCGCUUCGAUGCCUUCAACUCUCCGUUCAGCCCACAGUCAGCUAGCUCUACACUCGCAGCACUCUCCAAGAAAGUCAGCGAGAGGAGCCAAGCCUCUUCAACGACCGGGGCUGCUACUGACCACCAAGCAUCAGCUAGCUCUUUUCUCUCGCUCGUGUCCAUGACCUCCUCUGCUGCCUUGCUCAAAGAAGUGGCAGCCAGGGCAGCAGGGAACCUGAUGGUGGAGAAAAAGGAUGGUCCCUCCUUGGGGACAGCAGGUGCCCUUCAGGAGGAUGUGAAGCCCCUGCUGGACAAGAACCAGAAGACUCCUACGCCCUCUACACCCACGCAGAGCCUCGAGCUUCUAUUGCCCUCUACUCCAAAGGGCAGAGGCAAACCAAACAGCCAAGCAGGUAAUGGCGGGUUAUUAUACCUGCACAUCAAUCACUGCAAUCAUACUUUUAAUAACACCACAUUAAAAAAAGAAAUGAUUGCAUCAAUCCAGAUAUCAGGGGCGGAGAUCAGUUCAGGUUUGGUACAUUUUUUUGCAGUUGAAAGAUGCAGAGACACGGGUGCAAUUAAGUGAAAAACACUCAGUUGUUGUCUUUCUUUAAACACAGAAACCGACUACUUGAGCUCAUACAAGGUUGUUUCUCUAAAAUAAAAAGAGUUGUCUGCGUAAAAGUAAGAGAUGAUGAAGGUUCAAGAACAUUUCAGCUGCACUCCAUCUAAUGGAAGUUUUCAUCUUUUGUCACAGGGCCACUUUCUUUAGAAAUAAUCAUACAACAUACCCAAAGUUUCAGAGGAAAAAAUUCCCCUGGUAUUAUCUUUCUUUUCAUUCAGCACAUACCAAAGACAGCAACACUCAUAUCAUGAAAGGAACUGUGUGUGCUGAUGAAUUCAAGCUAAGAUCGCAGCGGAAGCUUGACUGUGUUUCUGCGUUUACUUGUCACCAAAAUACUUUUCCGGAAAAGCACAAAUCUGAACUUGCAUGACAUGUUGUCCCUAGUUUUGUAAUGGCUGUGUUCUCACCUCACUGGUGCUGAAGUAGCGAGAAGUGUAGCCUCAGCUUAACUGUCAGCCGAGCAGAGAGCAUAGCCGAGAGAAAACAGCUCUGGCUGGCCUUCUAGUCUGGGAAAUGGUCUGUGGGCUCGACGGGGGGUUCCGACUGAGACCUCACUGCCUUCCCAGACCAGCUCGUUUGUGCUCGGAUGUGCAUGCUGCCAAAAGGGGGCCGUCAGUGUGUGCUCAGCACAGUGGGGAGCCCUGGAGUCCAUAUCCAUCUCGGCAGCCUCCUCCUGGCUUCAACCCCCACCAACCAGAGCCCUUUGCACUGAUCAGCACAGCAGACUUAAGGCCAAACACAUCAUACUUUCCACUGACUGGAUACAGAUGCGUGCAUGCAAACACACUCUGUCUUUUGCUCUCCCUAUUAUGCUCUCUCUCUCUCUCUCUCUCUCUGUUACUCUCAAAUGGCCAUGCAGUAUAUUCUGCAAAUGUGUACUCAGAAGCAGACAUAUAACCCAAACAAAGAUCUCAGUCUUUCACAUGCAGGGAGAGAGAGCUUCAAAGUGCAGGCUCACACUAAGUAGCCUUUAGGGAGAGCAGAAUGUUUUCAGGGAGAUGGAUGGGCACUUUUGAGGGAUUGUGUCGCAACCCCGCCAAAUCUAAAAUGGCUGGAUCAAAUUGACUUCAGACAGAUGAGGCAGUCGAUGUAAUAUUCUGUGAUCUGCAUGCUAAAAAGGGGGUCUGCUCUAACCCACGAGCCGUCAAGGUCGAGCAGUGCUGUAAAAAUGCAGGUAGUUGUUUGGUCGCCAGACUGAGAAAUGUGACCUUGAUUAUUGACUGUCAUGUCUUGUUUUAUUGUCGUCCCUCGCCAGUUCCACUAUAAAACUGUAUAGCAGGUAUGUUCUUCUCUUUGAAGUUACAAAGACAGCCCCCCCCCCUCUUUUUUUUUUUUUUUUUUUUUUUGAAAAACAUGAUCACUUAGGUAAGACACAUGUUAUGUCCGAAGAUUAAGGAACCUAACCCGCACACAUUUUCUCCCUCCUGCUUUAUUUCCGCUUCACUCAGCUCAGCUCUGCAUAAGCAGAAGUCAUUUUUGCAUUGUGAUCUCUGCUGUGCUCAGAGAGGUUGGGCCGCAGAUGGCGGUUUAUUGUUGCAAAUAGGCAGUCUCGAGGUUUUACACCUCAGGUCAAUGAAUGGCUGAGCACAGUAAUUUCACCAAACACUGAUUACCAGAUGUUUUUCAAGGAACAGCACUGGAAUACUUAUGAAGCCAUCCUGACAGGCCCUUGUAGAAUUUGUAAUGCAAUCAUGCCUCUUUCUAAUAAGACCAAUUAAACAGUAAUGGAUGCCGGAUAUGAAGCCAACAACAAUAAUCGAGAUACUAAAACAUGCUUGAGUUUUUACUUCCAUUGUUCCAUUGCUUCCAGCUGGCAUUUCCCUUGAUAGUUCUCAUCAUUAGGUGUGCAGUCGUUGUCUCUUCCAGAUUUGUGUAAACUGCGGUCUGGCUUUUGGAAAAGGGUUGUUUUCAUCUUUAUAGUAAUUCAGCUUCCCUUCAUCAACAAAGUAGAUGUUUCCGUCACUUUAAGACGGAUGACUGGCUUUUAAAACUCUCUCAGUGUCUUUUUGAAAAUGAUAACAGUGAUUUUUGAUGCCCUCCAGGCUCUCCUGAGGAUGGUGGCAAACCAUUCCAGUGUCCUGUGUGCGGACUGGUCAUCAAACGCAAGAGCUACUGGAAGAGACACAUGGUCAUCCACACAGGCUUAAAAAGCCAUCAGUGUCCUUUGUGUCCCUUCCGCUGCGCUCGAAAAGACAAUCUCAAGUCCCACAUGAAGGUGAGAUGAUUUGUAUUGACCCCGUCCACUUUGACACCCUUCACCUUUAUCAUCUUAAUUCUCUCUGAAUCUAAUUAACAUUAUAACACAUGGGUGCUUCAUCUGCUUGUUCUAUUGUAUUUGGUUCUUUGCUUUGUGGAGUAUUUUGAUACUAUGUUAUGUAAAUUGUUACGCCUCACUGAUAUAUUUAACCAUCAUGAAGCAAAGAAUUCUUCCUUCUGAUGUCCUCUUAAUCCUCUAUGAGAGCAGAGGAGGGAUUUGACAUUUAAUCCUGUCCCCCUUCCAGGUACAUCAGCACCAGGAUCGGGGUGAGACGUUUCAAUGUGAACUCUGCCCCUUCACCUCUUCCCGUCACUUCAGCCUGAAGCUCCACAUGCGCUGCCACCAGCACUUCCCCCGCACAGACGUCAAGGUGAAAGAGGAGCUCACCACCGACACGGAGGGCGAGGGCUCCCUGAUGGGUGACAGCGGCUGUGCGGACCUGCGAGCGACCGAGUCGUCGCCGCUGCACUCGGACACUCAGCAGCAGACGUCGCCUCCGCUGCUCGAGGCCUCCUCCAAUCACGUGCACAUCAAGGAGGAGCCGCAGGAGCGAGAUCUGUCCGUGCUCUCCCCCUUCAGCAUGUGCAGGGACCGUCCCGGCAGCAGUACCAACUCACUGGACCUGCCUGGUGUCGGGGUAGGGGUUGGGAUCAGAUCCAGUCCUAGUGGUCCAACCACGGCCUCCCUCUUCAGCCCAGACAUCAGUACCAAGACAGCCACUGACCUGCUUAUGAAGCUCUCAGGUGAGCGACAUUGUUUGAUUGAAAAUGCAUUUCUUUAUAGGGCUGAGGUUAAAAUUCAAAAGUAUCAUUUAUUCAUGUUUAUGGAAAAAUAUUAAAGAAAUGCAAAUCACAAGUUUAAAGAGCCAAUGAUAAGGUCACAACAGAGCUUUUGAUCACCCAGUUCAGUUUUGAAUGGGUUUGUCUGGAACAGGUCAUAUUUGCCGAUGUGUCUCAUAGAUUAUAACAAUCGUCAACAAUAAUAAUUGAAAUAAUCAACAAUUUAGCCCUUUCAGGCAGUUUAUACGGGUGUACUUUGACUGUUAUUGUAGACUCAAGACAAUAGCAGUUGCCUUCAAUAGUCCAGAGAAACUAUCCAAAACAGUAGUGCAGUUAUUUUUAAUGCCUAUAAAAAGAAUAAGUCUUCCAAUGUGGGCAUGUGCUGUACUAAAGUUAGAAGUUAUUACUGUCCAAAUGUAAGACAGAUUGAGAGCUACAUGGAAAAACAGCUUGCGGCGACACAACACCAGCUUGACUUCUGUAAUCCAUAAUUGUUUUGUUUAUUGUGCUAUUUUCUCAGCUUGACUUUCUAACUCCAGUCACUGCAGUCACACUUUAAUCAAAAGUAUUUCACUUCUUCCAGACUCAAACGUGAAGACUCGUGUUUUCUCGCUCUGAAGCUCGAUGUUGUCUCCCCUUUGCCUUAAGUUCUGUUUUGAUUCUUUGCUGUCACCAGAAAUAACACUCUUAAGAAGUGUAAACAGUUUUAUGUUUAUCAUUUCAGGUCAAGGCUGCAGUGUGUCUCUGUGAGCUGCUUUAAAACAAUGGUAGCCUAAAAUGUCUGGGAGGUAGUUCAAACCUGCAGUGAAAAGAUGGCUUCAGCUUUUGACAGGAGCAAAUACACUAAGAUGUUUGGACUAUUAUGGUAUCAACUCUUAAAAAAAAAAACAAAUCCCACUGGUGUUAUCUCCAGCUCACUGAAUUGAAUAGAAAAAGUUUACAUAAUAUGGACCACAUCAGUCUGUAGGGGUCUCAGGAAGAUCCAGACCUAUUCAGCUGUUGUUUUGAAGACUUAAUUGUGCAUAUUGAGGGUAUGGAGCAUGUCGUCACUUGAACACGGGUUUAUUCACAACCUCAAUUUCUGUGUCUUUCCCAUGAGUCUUCUGGAAGAGUAGGUUAUUGACUUUUAGCUUUUUUCCACAAGUUACAUUGAAAGUUUUUAGGGGAACAACACCCAGAGAUUUCAGCAUUCACCCUUUAGACCCUGAUUGAAUAAUAUUGUACACAAUAUUCAUGAUAAAAUUUAACCAGAAUUAUCAGCAAAAUCCAGAUAAAUGGAGCGAGGAUCUCACCUAUGAAGUUUGAACUAACCAUACCUGCGUACAAGAGAUGAUUGGCAGAGCCUCAGUCUACUUUACACUUAGCAGAUAUUGUUAAGGACAGCACAUCUAAGUGAUUCAUCAGCACUUUACUUAUGUCAUGCAGCCCAAGUGUGUAAUUGAGAUGUGUUUGAAUAUUUGAAAGCGAGGAGACAUUCUCAGCAUAAUCACAGAAGAGUUUCUGUCUUCUUACUCCUGCAUGGUAUGUUUGGAAUCUGAUAUUGAAAUUCUUUCUGACUAACUCUAAACAAAUCACAUUGCCAUUCAAAAAGGCAACCGGGAUGAAUUUUUUUUAACAUUUUUGUAGCUUAUCAGUGAAAGUGCAGUUCACGCAGUAACGCUGUGUCAUUGAGAGCACAGCCAUGGUUGGCCAAAGACACGUAUAUAAGGUGAAAAUGUGUAGGUCAGUCGUAACCUUAACCAGAGAAUGUACAGUAUGUUCAUAUCUUAUCUUAUAGGAAAAUAUUUUCUUUAACUGCAUACUAUGUGCUUGAAAAUGUCAUAACAAUAGCAAAUUAUAGCAGAUUCCUUCACCUUUGUUUAGGUAUUUUCCAAGGAUGAAUUUUAGCCUCUUUUACAGAGAGUUUAAAUUGCACUUGAUAGCUGCCUAGCAGGACACUCUCAGUCCUCUGCUGCAGGCCACUGAUUAGCUCCACUGAAGCAAUUCAGGACUGAAUGAUUUGCUCAAGGGCACCUCAACAAUAGCUAUUGAGGGAUUAAUUUUUCUCACCACCGAUACUGCCGGCUGUCAUGGGAGUUGAAGAUGUGUAACCUCUCAGGCAUCUUUUUCCCUGCCGAGAGCGAUCUGUCUACACAUGUGAGACAAAAUCAGGAUGCAAGUUUAGGAUGAAAAAGGAGUACAGAAAGUUGGUGAAUACUCUAGCUAAAGUACUUAGUAAAAAGUUUCAGCGGUUUAAAUUCUAUACAUGACACAAAAUAAGGCUUAAAAUGUGUUGUGUAUAGAACAGCUUCGUCUAAGCUCUCUAACAUAAUGAUACAGCAUUAUUAUAACAAACUUAACAAACAUGCUGUCCUAAGGUAAACAAGGUCCAGACCAUGUUUAGAUGCAUUUCACCGUGCUGCAAAAAUAUCAAAGGCUGAGCCGGGAGACAAUGGCAAGAUUGAUGGAAAAAGGUUGACCAAGGUUCAGCUUUGGGGUCGAGGCUACGGCUGCCACUCUUCCACUUAAUGCUGUGUAAUUAGAUUGAGAUCUUGAGCGAGGAUGGGAGGAAAAAACCCUGAGAACAUUAGAUUAAUUAAAAAUUUAUGCAUAAUUCAUAAUUAAAAAGGAAUUCAUAAUUUGAAAUGAUUAGCGCCCUCAGCGCCAUCCUGUGACCCCGCCAGGAUGCACGGGGACUGGGCCGGCUUAGUUAACUCCCCCUCGAUCUCACACGCCCUGGCUCCACAUGGAUGCCCCCUGGGUGCCAGUUUCACUUCACUACCAGACUGCACAAUCAAGCCCAGGCAACUCCCAGAGGAGCCAAGAUGGCUCCUCGCAAUGUCAGUCCAGUGUCAAGUGGCGGACAUCUUAGUCAGGGCAUCAUUCAAGGAGAAUGAGGGAGGGUAUAAAAAGACAGGACGAGAGGACGCUGAACUUGAAUACAGGAUGAUGGGUUUUAAUGAAUACCGCGUCUUUGAUCAGCAGGAUCUCUCUUUGUCGUUAUGGGGGGGAGUCAAAGAUGGAGGGUUAUAAAAGUGAGAAGAGCUGGACUCAGAUCUUUGGGAGACUUACCCAUGCCGAGGAGCAGCCAGGGAGAGAGAGGUGAGGAAGUUCCUCCUGGGACCUUUAGACUCUAUUUCUUUUGACCCCUCUGCCAACCCAGAUUGAAAGUGUACACGAGCAGCUCAUCCCUCCUGGUUUUACACUGCUGUCUCAGUACCUCAAUCCCACAAGGCCUGGGAGAAGGAGGGAGGGGAGGUUGGGCAGUGAGCAGUGUGGAGCUUGAGAGGAAAGGAUGAAAAAAAAAAAAGACAGAUAAAGUGACAGCAAACGAAGAAGACAGAGAACGAGGCAAAGAGGGAGUUGCAUCGAGUUCCCCAGGCAUUAAAAAGCCAGUGAACUCUUUCUGACCUCUGACAUAAUAAGCAUAUCAUUUUUUUGGGCUGCCCUGCUUUCCAUUGAGUGUUAUACUGAUACCCUUUGAUUUUUAUCCUUGCACGCUGACACAACCGUUAGCUAUCCAGUGUGAUCCACAUUUUGAUUCAGAGAUGAAAGCUGCCGAGGCACUUUGAAAUGCACAGCCCCUACCCUGUGCCCAGUGGACCCUGAGUUAAUAAUGACAGCGGCACUGCACACCCUCCAAACACCAACCCCCCAGCCCACCACCCCCUGCUGCAGUGACACAGGCACAACGAGCUUGACCCUGGCUGGGUGUGAAUAAUUGGCAUGCAGGGGGUUGUGGGAGGUGUUGCAUCUGUCAUGAUGCUUCUGCAGUUGUCUUAUUUAUCUGUUUCCUCUGAGAGUGUACUACAUGCAGCGCUUACUACAAAAAAAUGGAAGCACCAGAAGAAUUUCAAGACUGCAAGGGGCAAUCGUUACUACGUUUAGGAAUUUAAAAGACCCAUUAUAUUCACUCUCACUUUUCAUUUUGUCAGACCAGGACCCCUAUAGAGAAGCUGACAUGCUCGCACUGCAUGAUUUGCUGCUCGAAUAACUCAUUUAUGAUACACUGGUGCAUACGAAAGCCCUCAUUUCAGCACUACGCUUUGUUGUGGGUGUUACUUUUUACACAGUAUUGUAGUCAUUAAGCCACCUGAAGUCUUUGCCUGCAAUAAAUGUCUGAGGCUGGUCUUUAGCACCCACUUAGCUCCCCAUUUAGCCACAUUAGUGUAUGUUCUCUGUUGUUAAAUUAGCUGCUAUUAUCAUAAUACUAACAGCUUGUGGUUCCAAGCCUCCAUGGAAGAUGAGACAGCCCCAGGUUUCAGUAACAGUUAAGUUAUAAGCCCAGCUCAUGUUUACAAAGGUUACAUCAGUGAUGUGAUGGUUACAUAAAGCUCUGUUAGGCUGUUGUCUUGAAAACAUCACUUCACACUGAUUUCAGGUGUCUGCAUUUUUUGGAGAGGGAUAAACCAAGACUGUCCCCCACAACUAUCAGACCUUUGAGAGGCAGCUUUCUCAAGACAUACUCAGUCAACAAAGUGCAAAGUAGAGGAAAAAGACAGUGAAACUCACUUUCUAGCUUCAGUUUGGGCUUGUCUUAGACAAAAUUUUCAGGUCGGCUUGUCCUUUUAACAUUUUCCUAAUUGGAUGGCACAGAUUUAUAUCAGGUUGUCCCAAAACAAGCUGUUUAAAGAAGAUAUUACACAGGGAUGCUGUGAUCCGUGUAUCUCAUGUUAUGGAACUUUGUAGUUGUGUAGUAUAGACAUCCAACAUUGUCACAUCAUGUGUAUGUAAUGAAAUACAAGUCAACAUAAUAGGUGUCCUCAGAAGGAAAUGAUUUUUAUGAGGUGAUUCACUUCAGCCUUGAGUACCGCUGUGUAGCACUACAGAGAAACUCAGGUUGAUCAAGCUUGCCCCUCCGAAUUACAAAUGAAAUCAAAAACUUUGCUAACAAAUUCAUAUAUUUUCUACUGGUUGCACGAUGAUAAAUCGUUAUAUGGAGACAAUAAUAUUUAGCUUGUUGACCUACACAAAGAAACAGGAAAAUAUUUUUGUGCCACUUGUAGAAAGUCCAAUCCUGAUUAAAGUUCCAAUGAGAAACAACCUCUGUGGACAGCUUUAUCUUAAUAAACCGUGGUGGAAAUCCUUGCGAUGGAAAUCAAAACAAAUUUAUUGCAUUAGUCAGCUGAAACUUAACUUUUAAAAGACAUGUAAACACAUUAGUUGGACUAAAAUCACACUCCUCAUAGUUGGACUAACGUAUCUGGAUAAUGCAUGUGGGGAUUGGUUUUUCUCUCUCAUGUAUACAGCCCUGUGGAACUGAAAGUGGCCUGAGCGUUCUGUGUAUCCACGAAUGGCUUUAAGCUGGAAGUUGAAUAGCAUGGAUGUGUUGCCAGAAAGCUUGGUAGUAAAAAAAAAAAAGCCUCAACAGAUGCAGAAAUGGUAUCAAAAGAGACACAACUUUCGUUUUCUGCAAACAAACAGUACAGAGCUAUGAAAGUGAUGGUGUUUUCAUCAUGGAUUGUACAUCCUUUCGGCGUUUUGUUAACAUAUUUUACUGACUGUCUUGAUGCGUCAAGCGGGGAAUGACCCAGUGGUAACUUGCUGGAAGACGGCAUGCUGACACCUACAGUCGUGGUGGCGGACACGCCUUUGUCAAUAGUUUGAUUCCUGCUCAAUAUUUGUUAACUGGGACAAGGAAGGUAGUCUAGUUAAAUCACCUUAUCAAACUCUGAGUGUAGCUCAACUUAAGUGUGCCUGUAAAAAUACUGAAUGUCGGAACAGAGUACUGUUACUCACUAGUAGUGAUUGCACAUGUUUACACACCGUAUGAAUUCCAGUCCGAGCCAAACAAAUGGUUAAUUAAACAGAACUGGGCCACUAGAUUCUUCGUAAGUCACAAUUAAUUAGCACACUAGAUCCUGUUGUUGUGCACAGAUGUAACUAUCUACAGCUGAAUAAAGCUGUGUUGAUAUCAAAUGCAAAAGUACUCCCCCCUGUCUAGUAUUGCUCAACUCUCGUGUACAAACACUCAGGUUUGUUGACACAGAUAAUUUCGAAUUUUGAAAUGUCUUGUCCUUCUUUUUCUCUCUUUGUGAACAUCUAGAUUUAAUCUGCAUGUCCUCUGCUCUCCAGCUCUGCAUGAGCAGACACAGGCAGGCCUUUUGUGUGUGACCUCUGGUACAUACAUCCCCACUGCAGCCAUCAGUAUCACUGUCCGGCGUCUAGCACACUGUCAGCUAUUGUUGGGUUCUCAACCUGCCCCACGUAGCCCUGCGCUUUUUUCCCUCUCUCUCCCGGAGAAAACAGCAGCCAAUUGUCAGAGGGGGAGCAGGCCGGCGUGACAGAGGUGGAAAGCUAAUGAAGUUAUUUGACGGCAGCCCUGGCCACGGAGCGAGAGGUGAGGCGGAGUGGACAAGCGCCUGGCAGCGAGACGGAUGAGGCGCGAGUGAGGAGCGUGGCGAAGGGGGAAAGAGAGGGACAGGGAAGGGAACGGGGGAUGGAAGUGGCAUUGGUGGCAGAUGUCAGAAAAGGUGUGAUAACAUGGAGACAAACUGAUAGCAUCAUCAACCCUGAGCUAGAAGUGGCCUUACAGUACCAUGCACAGGGGGCUGACACUGGCCUGGGUACGUGCUUACAGAAGAGAUGCCCAGUCACCCAGAGAUGCCCGUCUCCUCCACAGCUCUGUGCUCACUUCAAGGCUGAUCUGCCACAGACUAGAUGCUCAUGAUGCUAUUGUGAUUGUGAAAUCCUGACAGACAAAAGGCCAAAGUUUAAGCUUGGCAUUGUUGGAUGAAUUGUUCCUGUUGGUGUGUGCUCUGGCUUCUUGUCAGUGAGCCAUCAGCUAAGAGAAGUAAAAAAAACGUGCCCAUUGGAUUAGACUACUAAAUAAUUCAUUGGGCUCUGUAACAUAGAUUCUUAGUGGAAAUACUCUCUAUUUAUAGCCACAAACCCAAAGGUCACUGGAGUGGUGUGACUUUGAAUGUGAGUGCACAUCCCGGGGUCGUUUUUCUUCUCAUGAGGCCACAGAGGAGAACAAUUUCUAAGUUUGUGUUGGGUCUGGCGGCUCAUGUGCAUUCUGGUAUUUUUGUGUGGGUUGAAAGCAGAGUGACGCAGCAUGGGGACUGUUGUGAGUGACAACACAAAGUCAGGAUUUCUCCCAGGAUGUAGUUAAGUAUGUGUCUGUGUGGUUAAACGGGAUAGUGUAUUUUAAUGUGUGUUUGUAAGAUGGUGACCAAGUGUGGUGUCCCUGUCUGAUCCGACAUGGCCCAACACGCUUCUAAUUAGAGGACGUCCUUCCAGGUGCUGACCAGGUUAUACUUAGCCUGCCCGCUGACAUCUGACGGUGUGACAUUUCCAGCUGGUGCCGUGUGCGACCCUGCGCCACUGCCCCUGAACUUGAAGGUCACUGCCCCCCCCCUCUUCCUCCCACCACCGCUCAACCUCUUCCUUCUCCCCCCUCUUGAUCUGCAGCCCCGGCCCGCCAUGAUGUGGCACUGUGGCAUUGUGGCAUCACAUGGGUGGUCAGAAACAGCAGCACCUGUGUCCCCUUUUUCCUGCCCCUGUAUCCCCUGUCCCUGAGCCCUCUAUCCCUCCGGCAUAGAUCAUCAUUAAUCAGAGGGGCCGAGCCGGCACAGAUUGAUGAUGCGGGCAGGGGGCGGUGGGCCUGUGUCGAGUAGAGAUGUUAGGUGAGACUGGAGGGUGAGGAGCGGAGCAGAUCUCUGCUGGGGCCAGAGGAGACUGGACAGCAGUCUGCCCAAGAGUGAUAGCCUUGCUUAUAUCCAUGCCCCGUGUCUGUGUGCGGGUAUGUGGGUGUGUUGUUGUGUGCAGGAGUGUGUUUGUGUGGGAACAGUAGUAGUGGACACUUUGUUUGGAAACUGUUGAUUCGUCCAGGGUUAGGAAAGUCUAGACUGGUUUCACAGAGCCUAUCUUUGCCAGAAUCAAACUUCACAGAACAACAUUUUCUCUAAAAAAAUUCUCUUUGUUCUGCUUUUAUAAUGAAAAUUUUAAUUCAAAUUUAAACAUACCUCUGAUAAUGUGGUGAUCGUUUUCCCCUGAAGUGUUCAUUUGCAUCAUUACAACUUAGCAUCCUUUCUUCAGGUUGCUAUGCUGUUAUACAUGUCCAAAGAGAUCCUUAAAAAUUAUACUUUGUUGUCCAAAAAUUAACUCAUGGAGUGCAGAUGCUUUUACAGUCUGACUAUGACAACAAGAGCAAUACUUAUAUUAACCUCUACCAUUUUAAGCUAUCAUGAGGUCUCUCAAACCGUGAAUUUUUUCAAGUCAUAUUUUUGGGCCUGUAGGCUUUUACUCUGAAAUGCUUGCUUUCGUGACUGAGAGAAAGUGGGGAGUGACAAAUGGGGUUAGGGGCCGCAGGUUAGAAUUGAACCUGGGCCACCCACUCUAGUGCUCUAGCCUCUGUCCACAGAGUAGGACCACCAGGCCAAACCCAUGCCCCAAUCAUUCACUUUUUUUACCCCAGAAAUUCAGCUUGUUAAUUUCCAUAAAUUAUAUUUGUCAUGUUUAAAAUUCCAGUAUUUUGUAUUCUAGAAAUAUUUCUGGGAAGCAUCCCUCCCAGUGUCUUGAUUUGGAUGUUAAAUAAAUUAAUUAAAAAAAAAACUUUGACCAUGACUUUUGGAUUUAUAAUUCCAGUAAAUGCUGGACUUUGAGGUAGGAAACAGCUACAAGGUGUUUUUCUAUGAAAAAAAGUCUUUUUUUUAAUGGAUAAAACUUUAAGACACAUAAAUAAAUAUGCACACUUGCUUGUACAAAGUGUCUGACCAGUACCAAAUAACAUAACUUUGAUUUCUCACUGAGGUCCAGUGAUCCCUGGUUAAUGCAACAGCAGCACUUUUCAAGAGUUCCUGUUUGUUUGCUCUCUCUGCUUCAUGCUGGUCCUGUAUGUGUGAAACUAUUGUUCCCCCUGGACCGUAAGACAAUGACGGGUCACAGCGUGCAAAUCUGAGGUUGUCCCCUCGACUCAAGUUUUCCAUAAGGUUUAUUAAUAGGGGUUGACUGGACAGUUGUAAAUUGCCACUCAUUCAGAAAGUACUGCGUCAAUGUCUUGGAUUUAGUUUCAUCCACAGGUCUGCGGUGACUCUUACACUCUGGCUCUGUCGACUAAAGUGAUGUGGUUGCUUGCUGAAAUGAGUCUGAUUAGCUGCACCUGUAUGCGUAGCUUGAAGGUGGUAGAUUAAAUUACUUAAAGUACUUUGGUUCUGUGUGACAGAAAUUGCAUGUUACUUUUGACUUGUUGGCUGAGCCGUUUGGUGUCAUUUAACAGCACAGUGGUGAUGUUCUUUUGCAUCGCAGCAAGAACUGAGAAAUGUGGCAGUGACUGUUAAAUGCGUGCAUUUUUAUAUAUAUAUGACACAGGAUUGAGAAAAAUAUAUAUGUUCAUUUUUCAAUUGCAUGUGAUUAACAGGUUGAUGCUGACAGGCCUUGUUAUGACCACUUUAGGCUGCUUUCUAUUUAAAGUUCACUCUAGCAGAGAGUUUUUAAGUUCUCGACUCUUGUGCGAGGUCACAACACGGUAGCUUCUUGGAGUUUUGCAUGCAUGUUGAAUAAUUUGCCUAAACUUUUGGCAAACAAAUAUGCAGAAAAUAAUUCACACUUCCUACAAGCGUAGUUUUUCCACAAACAAAUUCUUUUUUUCUGCCUCUUGGUACACCAGAUAAGCUUCAUCAUUUGCUUGAUAGCGAUAGGUCCAAGAACUCGCUCACAGAUCCAUGUAGCAGUUUUAUGGGUGAUCUCUUACGCCAACUGCCAAUCCAUUUAGUGUAAUACUUAGCACUGUAAUUGUUUCUUAUAAAUAGCAGGGUGCACCAAAAGCAAGUCAGGUUACACUAGCAUACAAGAGUAUCCCUUAACCAUACCCAUUAUCUCUGCUGCUGCUGCACUCACUGAAAUUGAGAUAUUGGGUUACUUUGGAAGAGAAGGAUGCAUUUUACAUAUUUGUACACCUCUUGUCUGGGUUGUAUUGUCAUUUUAAAUUUGAACAGUGUUGUGAGCUUUAGUCUGUGUAAACCUUCCUUUAAGCACAGAGCAUAGUGAAACAUGCUGAGAGACACAAAGAGAGGCGCUUGCCCCGCUGUUCUUUUCUUGGCGGCUAUCGGAAGUUGCUCCAUGUCUAAUUAUUAAUUAUUCAUCUUAGGCGGAUUAGAUGUGGCCCAGUUUCUCUUGAAGAUGACUUUAGAGCAGAGGGAUCCAUGUGACGGUUCACUCCCCAACCUAGGCGACACGCUGCAGAGAUGGCAGAUAAGGCUACAUCCGAUUGUUAUCCCGCACUACAGAAGUAGAGGAAUUAUUUCAUGUCCUAACGUCUGAAGAGAAAAUCCCGGGUGAGGAGGGAAGGCAAAACCAGACUUAAAGUAGAAUAGAGCAGAGAAUAAAGUGUAUGGAAAUUAAUGUGGUGGUGGUGGGAGGGGCAGUGUGAAGGAGAAAAGAGGAGUGAAAUGAAAUGGGAAUUUGUUGUGGAUGCCCUGAAGACCAAGAGAGAAGGACAGUCAUAAGGUUGCACCUUCUGUGUUGGCCCACAGCACGCCAACUGUGGUGUUUUUUUGCAGUGACUAGACUGUGAAAAUCCACUGCAGGCCACUUUGUUGUUUCAUUUAAUUCUCACUUUCAUUUAUUAGACGUUAUGUUUUGUGUAGAAAUUCUUUUGAAAUGAUAAGAAAUUAACAAAAACUGAACAGUCUCCUCAUGGGGAUAUGGUUUUAUGAUCAUAUCUAAUGUCAUUGUUUGUUUUUGUAAUUUAGCAUCACAAUAAGGCUUUACAAAGAUGGUCAGUAAAAUCUGAAAUACCUUUGUGUGCAUGAAUGUUUAAAGACAUUUGUUUUAUCCAUUUAUAUCAAUAAUAAUAAUGAAAAUAGUAACCUUUAUUUAUAUAGCACCUUACAACAUCCAGGAAGAUGAACAAAGUGCUUUACAUAACAAAUACUUGGUCAAAAUACAAAGGUAAGAGAACACAGAAAUGAUCAAAUGGCAAAUGUCAAAUGUCACUAAAUAUUAAAAGCAUGUCUAAAUAGCUGAGUUUUAAGAUGUGUUAUAAAGAGUGCCAGGUCAUUCAUAAAAAGUAAUUCAGGGGGUAGAGAGUUCCACAAUUUUGGGGCUGCUAUCAAAAAGGCACGAUCGCCCCACUGUUUAAAAUCUGGAAAAGGAACCUCCAACAGGGGCUGUUCUGAAGACUGGAGGGCUCUACAGUGUCAUCUAAGAUUUAUGCAAUCGGACAGAUAAUCUGGAGUAAGACCGUGGAUAGCUUUAUAAACAAACAAAAGUUUAAAAAUGAUCCUGAAUUUAAGCGGGAGCUAAUGUAGGGAGAGAAGAACGGGAGUGAUGUGACUGUGACGGGUGGGGUUUGUUUAGAAGAUGUGCUGCAGCAUUUUGUACCAGUUGGAGGUGAGAGACAUACAGAUGACAUACAGAUAAGAAUCCAGAUAUCAGCCAAUGUUUUUGUUGCUUCUUUCCUCUGCACCAGUAAGUCUUCAUUCCUCAUUUAACCUUUAUCUCUCUCCUUCUUUUUGCAGCGGCCAACCAGAGGGAGACACUCAAGUCUCCCUUCCACCUGAAAGAAGAGCCCAAAGUGGAGGAACCCUUGAGUCCAAGGCCAUCCUCCACGUCACAGAACCAGGUCCAGCCAGGCUUCACUGCAACUUUUUGCCAGGAUGGGCCAGCAGCAGCUACAGCAGCAACAGAGCGCCCAGGUCCGCUGAAGCCAAGGGAAGGAAGCCCUAUGGCUAAGAACAGCCUGCUGAGCCAGGAUAUCAACGUGAAGGUGGCCUCUGAGCUGCUUAUUAAGCUCUCAGGUAGGCAAGGUACGUAUCGGUCCUCUCUGUUUGUCAAAAGAGUGAAUGCAACUGAAUUUUAAAGAUUUUGAACUGAUUUGUGAAAUUUGCAUGCAUGUGCAGUUUGUUGUUUUUUUAUUGUUUGCUUAAGAGCUAACAAAAAACUUCAAAAAAUCUUUACUUCUUCACUUUCAAAGAUAAAACAGACCAUGUACUUUUAUAUUGAUAUUUGCAAAGCUGGCCGGUCGUUGGAGUCACAGAUCAGCUAGCAGCAGCUUGUGAGAUUAGCUGUUGACCAAAGGUUUUUGACAUCGACUCUUCAGAACAAUGCCAUCACAUUUAUCUGCUUACUACUUUGAAGUUGAAAACGAAGCUCUAACUGCUCUUUGCACCAUGGUAGAAAAUAAUGGACCAGGAUAUUUGCACCAUGUUUCAACCUGUGCAGGCCUCUCUGACAUCAUCCUGAGCAGCAUAAUUUAACCUUAACAGCCUUGGGUUUGAGCUCAGCAAGAAUGCUGGAGACAAGUCCUAAGGCAUGGAUUCAAAUCUAUUCUUUAUGUGUUGCUUUUGCGUAAAGCUGCUUAUUUAAUCCAAUUUAUCACCAGGUGAAAUCCAGACAGACAGGUGUGUGUCAACUGUGUACUGCUACAGUAUAUCACUGAUGCAGUCAGAAUACAAGUUGCUGAAGUACAUCAGCUUGUACUAACAAAGAUUUAGUUGGUGUGAUAGCUACCAGGCCCUGAACUACCUCUCCUAUAGAAAAAAACAGGUUUUCACAUUGGAAUGAUAAGUGCACUUCAAUUGUGCAACAGUAAAAAUUUACAAUGUGACACGCUUGUGCAAAUAUGCAACCACCGUGUAAAAAAAAAAACACCCAGAAAAUAGUAGUCUGAUGGUGGAAGAGGGGGGGGGCGUCUCUCCGUCCAUGGUUCUUCAUCCUGUGCCACUGUGCGUGCUUGACAGACACCUCACACACCGGUUGCCAUUGUUCUCUCUGGGUUGACUGGUGUUCACAGUGACUCAUGCUGGCUGGGAGCUCUGUGGUACUACACGUGUGCUGCUCCACUGCCUGCCCUCAGGUCACGUUUCCCAGUGUGUGUGUGUUGCCUGCGCUUUUGUGUGAGUGUUUGAGGAAGACAAAGAUGACAUGAUUACUAUUUUUAAAACAACAAAAAACCUAAAUUAAGCCAUUGGCCUUUCCAAUCAGAGAGAUAAACGAUGUGGGCUGAACUGCAUCCACCUAUCGUCUUUGUUUCAUCGCUGUUAUCCCCCCUUUGUCUGCCAUCAUUUUUGCCAUUUCCCACCACUGCACUGAUGUUAUCCUGCCAGUUUAUUUGGUCCUCAAGCAGCAUGGCCGGCGUUUAUCCCCUCCCAUCACUUACACCAGCUCUGCAAGGUUGACCUAGGUUAGGGAAAGAUGCUGCAGCGUUCAUCCGUCCGCUGGCUCCCUCUGCCCCCUCACACAGUCCUCGGAGCGCAGUGCCGUCCAUUGCCAUGGCAACAGCGGGGGCGGUAGAUGGAGAGGGCUGUCUAGAGUGACAGCCUUGACAAGAGUCUGGACCCUCAAAUGACCCUGGGGGUGGGGGGAGAGGAGACAAAGAUGGUGAGGAGGAAAAGGAGAGAGCCAGGGAAAGGUCAAUGCAGUUACAGUCACGUGUGAUUACAGUCAUGAGGUUCAAGGGUAUCUCCACUCUAACCUUCCUCUGUCCCCUGUUAAUGGUCAGCCACACAACACAAUAGGAUACUUGAAUAAGGAAGCACAUUGGGGAGCAUUUUCUCCCCACACAACAUCACUUUUUCCCGUUAAAAAGUGCCUAUUUUCUCAUUCUUGCAUGUCGUACAGCAAAUGGUCACAGCCUAAUUAGAUUUCAGCAGCUCAUCCUUCCUCGACCAUGGCAUUGGACGGUCAGAGCAAGUUGGGUUGUCAUCAUUACUGCCUAUUGUACUGUAACAUGAGUUGCAUCAUCCCUUUAAGUAGGUCACUUCUCCCCCCCUCCACCCCCACCCCCACCUCCUCUCUCUUUCCUUUCUUCCUUAUCAAACAUUGGUUGGUCAUGUUGAGUCGCCUUGCUCGCGCUACCUCCCCCACAUCUGUUUAAAACCAGGCUGCUGGUGUCUGGGGGCUAAUUACGCCGGGCUAAAUAGUCCCUGGCGCCAGCGGCUAACGUGUCCUAGCAGAUGGGCAUUGGUGUUGCAGGGCAAGGGGAACAUGGCGUCACAGGAAGAGGGGGGGAGGGGGGAUGCAGGGCCCUAGGUGGUGCCCUGGCAGACUGGCAUCGUGUGGGUAACAGCCGCGCCACCCACACACCAUCCAGCCACCCUCACUAUAGGUGUGAAAUCACACUUUGUACUCGCUUAACUCAUUCCUCAUUCCUCAGGAACAGGCCUCCCAUCUCUGAGGACAUUUAACAGGCCCUCUCCCCUCAGCAGUCCUCGUUAGCCUGCUAAUAAAAGUGGCAUUUAGUAAUUUUGACCACUGAGUGCAGAGAGACUAAGAGAUUACAUUUAUUGCUGAUGAGGUUCUUCUCCUCGCUGAUAUUAUUCUGGAUAAAACAACAUAUCGUCAAAGCAGCACUCAUUCCAAGUUAUUUCUGUUCAUCAUUUAAAUGUAGGAUCGAUGUGAACCGAUGACUUCACCUGGCUGGUUCAUCGUCCUCGCAAUAGUAAACAGACAGCAUUGUUUUUGUUUUUGCCUACGUAACAGCAAGAAGCUGAAUUCAGUAGGCAACAAGAAUGAGUGUUGGUUUCCAGAGGCCCUGGCAGCAGCCAAAGCUGAUUGAUUGAGUGAUAAUUAAUGCUGUUUAUAAUCAAAGGAUGCCAGCUCCACCUGGCUCCCCCUCAAAAGACUUCGCAUCAUUUUGGCUCGUCUGUAGGAGCGAAAACUCACUGACAUUUCAUAUGUUGUCAAACUACAGCGCUGAUGUUGUCACUGUCAUUGGGAUAAUCUGACAGUUGCAUGACUCUCCAUCGAGACCUUGGGCAUUUUCUUGUCGUACUACUUUUAGAAUUAACCAUGAGACACAUCUCCUUUUAACUCUGCUGCAACACUUUAUUUCACUUUUAAAAAUGCAGCACACAAGGUGGAGGCUGAAGCCCUCCAUUUGUGAUGUUUUUAUCUGUUGCUGGACCCUGGUAAGUUGUGCACUUUUUCCUCGAGGUAACCACUGUGGAUCAUGUUGCAUAAUAGCCAUGCUCUUUGGCCCAGCAGCACUUGUAACAGAUAAAACACACUGUACAUCUCUGGAACCUUCAGGUAGCUGUAGGGAUCGAGUCAACUGAUGAGGACAGCUUUCCUACUCUAAAAGCAGUUCAGGUUGGAGGAUGUUGACAGGCUUUGAACAUAUUUUCGUUUCUCUUCAUUUCUGCCUUUUUGUCAAAUGCGUACAUUUAUCAAGUUCAGUUUUGUUUUGUAACUGCCCAUUUGCUCCAAACUUGUUCACACAAGUAAUGAUAAAAAUGAACAAAUAAUCAACCUAAUGAUUAGGGGCCGCAAAUGAAAAUCGUCUUUCUUUCAGCAAUUAAUUUUCAAAAAUCAAACUGCACUCAAACACAAUUUUGUGCUACUAUGGCUGCUUUUUGUAGCACAGAUUAGAUUAGAAAAACAUCAUGGCACUAGAUUCCUAAUGACAAAGGAAAUGCUUUCAUCUUUUUUAACAAAAGGACCAAAAAAUAGCCUUAUUUCUUUUUCCUCUUGAAAAAUUUCUGUAAAACAAGACAAGGAAUGAAUUAAUAAAGAAAAACACUGAGAAAUAUUUAACCCUGCAUAAAAAAACUGUUCUUCAUUUAAUUGAAAUAUUUCUGCAAAGAAGUCUACGCUCUGUGUUUUUCUUUAUCCUACAUUAAAGGAUUCUCUGUUUCUCGCUAUAGCUUAUCACAGCAGAUUGGUCGAGCAGUUCACCGUUCUGCUCACAACUAGGUAUUACCACACAGCAUUACUGUAUGUUAAGCUCCACACUCCUCUGACACUGUCCUCAUCAUGCCCCCUCAGUGUGGCCGCUUGCUGACCUCUCCAACUCCCCCCACCCACCCCCCACCUCUACAUCCCUCUGUCUCAGUGGCCUCUCAUCACUGCCUGUAGUUCUAUUUACAGGAAUGCAGAGAUGACUCCUUUUGCUCCCUCGAUGUAUGUUGGUUGUGUAAAGGCAGAGGUGAUUGACAAAGUUACCGAAGCGAUCACUCUUUUGUCUUGACCUUGUCAUUUGAUAAAACUCUACCAGCCUUGGAUUUGCUCUGCCAUGUGCCAACUGUUUUUGUUUAGGACCACUUUAUCGGGGCCGUAUAUGGCUCCUGAUGGGCUGUUUAUCAAACACCCUGCUCCAGAGUCAGAUGUGGCUGCAGUUUGGGUCCGUUGGAAGGCUGAACUACUGAGAGCUAGCUGGUUGAGGAUCAAUUGUAGCAGCAGCUGUCUGUGAAGUCUGCAGGCAAGGCUGCUGUGGCUCCCACAUGACAUGCACUCUCCACACUGCAGCCUUUGAAGCGCCUGAACUCUUCACCCCUGUCUGAGCAGGUCGGCUAGAGAGCAGGAGAAUAGAGAGAUUGGGAGAGAGAGAGAUGGGGGCAGGGAGCGAGGGAUGUGGAAUAGCAGAGCAGGGAGAAGGGUAGACUGGGAUCGAAGGAGGGAGGGGUGGAGAGGUUGUCAUUUAGGCUCGAGCCGCUCCUCAUCCUUCUGUCCUCCCCCAGCUCUUCUCUCUCAUCCCCCUUUCUUCUAUCCUCUCUCUAACCCUGGGGUGCUCUUUUUCUGGCGCUCUUUGACAAUAUUUUCCCUUCCUCUCUGCCUCUCCCCCACUGUUUGUCUGCCCAAGUUUUUUUGUUUCUCUCUAAGCAUUACGGUGUUGCAUUAAUUUGACUCUGCAUACAUGAAAUCACUAAUAGUUUCUGACUUUUUUAGUCCCGGUGUAUUUUAAAAACCCAUCCAUCUGAACCCUCCUGUGGUGUAUUCUCAGCUGAACAGGCUGUCACGUCCAUGCAGAUUUAAGUAGACACCUGAGGUCAAAGUUGAUCACUAAAAACAGAACAUCGCACAAACCUCAGUCACUUUCAUUCUGGCUCAAAACUUGAGUAGUGCUGCUUCACAGCGAACAAGGUAUGUAUAGUGCAUUUAUAGCAGUUUGGCACAGAUGCUGCUCUCACACACUUUGUGAAACUUUGCAACACGAUUGCAAUAAAAACCACACAGAACUGAAUGAAGCUUUCAUGUAAAGAUUUUCACUAGGUCAAGGUUAACAUUUGAACAAGUGUUCUGCUAAACCUCCUAAUCCAGAAAGACUUCAAUCCAACAGUUUUUCAUAGAUUUAUUUUCAGAGCUGCAUGGGUAAGAGCCACGUGUAUCUGUAGCAACAGGGAUGUGAAUAAAAAGUGCAGAUACUAAGACUUCACUUAAAGACCCACUCCGAUGAAAAUCAUGUUUUUCUUGUUUUUUAUAUGUUCAUUUGACAUUUUUCUGAUGCUACAGGACAUCAUGAGAAAAAUACAUGCAUUAGUAUUUCUUUAUUCAAAUCGCGGUGAAUCUCUGGCAGACCCAAACGGCAGGUUCAGACACAGUGAGAUUUCAUACAUCACAGCUGCGAGCCCCGCUAUGCAGGCCACACUCUGCAUAUAGAGGAGACCCAAGCGUGUGCGUUAGCGGAAUGCGAUGCUCGUAAGAAAGUUAAUUAUGAUAUCACUUUUUAUCGUGUCCCUAAAGACAUUAGUGUCCAAGAGCUGAAUAGCUCUUAUGUUACCUGCCUCUUCUACUACAUUGGCAAUGUUAGGCUGCAAGCUAACGUGAAGACGAGUGUGCAGAGCAGCGCUGUCUCCGCCCACGACUUAAAGGCGAAUUGCUAAUGAGCUACUGGAGCUCUGCAGAAGAAAAGUCCUUGAAAAUGAUAAAAACUGGUAAAAACUUCAUAAUCAUAAUCUAAAGACCACUGAGAACACUAAGUAGUAAAAAAAUCAGAGUGGGACUUAAAAAAAAGAUUAAAAAAAGAAAGGUCUGAGUGGCUUUUCAUGACUUUUUAUACCUACUCUUAUAUUGACAAAAAAUUUGACUUGUUUUAGAAUUUGAAUAUUACUGGACUAUCCUGUCGCAAUCAAAUGUUAAGACAGGAAAACAAGUCUGGCCUUGAAAUACACAGCUCUUUUUUACUCCUUAAAAAUGAGCAGUUUUUCGAUGUGGCUAAUUGUGAACUUUAGUAAAUGUAAUUACCAGUACUUAGUCAAACAUAACUGUGAUGGACCACAGCUUGAUUUCUUUGAACUACCAAACAUCCAAAAUAGCAGCUCAUACUUCAUAAGUGUUGAACACGGCUAAAGAAAUGAGCAGGAGAUUUAUGCCUAAACAUUAUUGAAAACAGUCACUGAUUAGUUCACAUGCAGACUUGGCAGCAUUUAUACUGGACCAUUUCAGUACUGUAGAGAUGUGUACCAAUCUGAGAGUGAAAGUACUUCGAAUCUGAGCAGAAGAUUGGGGGGGGGGGGUAUCACAGACUUCGUAACCCAUCAUGGGGAUCAUGGUAGCUACGACAAACCAGAAGCGAGAGCUUGAGGGUCAGUGCUGUCAUUACGUUUAACCCUGUAGGAACACUCCAGUUUCCCGGUGCAUUACAAUGACAGACAAAGACAAGUGGAUAAGACAAAAGCAGUGUGCUCACGCUGUUAAGUAGCGAUCGGGUAUAUUUUGGCAAUACUCCAACUUGUUAAUGCAUUUGAAAUGGCACCAGUCAAAUCACUGCUACUUGAAAAAAAAACGACUAGUACAAACGCAGCUCCCUUUGGUAUUUGAAUGGCCUUUCACUGGUAACCCUGAGCGUGCUAUAGUGAUGACAAAUGUAUUUUUAAUGCUCAGUUUUUGACAAUACAGGAUUGAAAUACAUGUUGAAGAUGAUAAAAAUAAAAUAGAAGAUAAAUAAAUUCCCUAUUCACCUGCAUAUACAGUCAUACUGGAUCUUUAUGAACAAGCAAAAUCUGCUUUUUUCGGCAACUUGUCCUAAGCUUUUGCUGCUGCACUUCUGAGUCAUGGGUGGACAUCCAGAACUAGAGAGUUUCUUAAUGUGUUGCUUUUUUCUUCCUUUCUUUGAACUUGUAGUAAAAUAGUGUUCUCAUUUUUUCCCCUAAAAUAUCACCUGCAAAUUGUUCCCGCAAUCACUGACUGUGUGAUCAUUUCCAGUAAACCGCAUGUAAACCAAGUAUGAGUUUUCUUGUUAAGAGCAAAACAACUACAAACUGUAAUAAAUCCUGUUGCUUCAAAAAGUACAAAACAUGCACAUUAAUUUACUGUUAAACACCAGUUACUUUCACAGUCUGUGUAAAUAUUUGUGGGUUUAAUUUAAGCUUGUUUAGUUUUUCAGGCAUAUUUAGGAGUGAUAUUGGGGGGGAACUGGAGCAGUUCUGACACUAAAAUUAAGUUGUUUCUCUAAGAGAGAGAGAGAGAGAGAGAGAGGGAGGGCACAGGCAGCAUUGUACAAACACACACACACAGACCUGAUUCUGUGGCCUUAAUGGCAGCUGGUGUAUCACAGAGACGGCUUCUGCACCAGAGGGGAUGACACAUAGACGCAUGGAAACACAGGUCACACACGCACACACACACACUCAUUUACAGGCACACACAGGCUGGAUUGUGGCAGACUGUGGGCUGCUUUUUAUGGCUUCAGAACAUUAGGUCAUGACCCUGACCAAAAGCUACGGCUAUUAUCAGUGUGGGAGCGAAGACGCGUUUAUUUUUUUAUUUUGUGACAGGUAGACUUCUUAUCUGGCUUGUUGCGGUGUGAUACCUUUUGAUUUUCUGAAUCCUUUUUGUGAACAAAUAGAUCCUUUUCUGAAUUGAUGAUCGAUUUCUUCAAUAAAUAUAUAUUUUUUUCUUGUAAUUGCUCUUUGAGUUGGGAGCAUGUUUGUCCCAGCACUGAAAGUUCAAGUGCAUACAGCGGCCUGCUCGUGCGUUGAUGUGUUUUUGCAUGUAACUGUGUGUGUUUUUGCAGCACAACAGCCCUCUCAGCCUCUGUCGUUAGGGUGGUGAUCCAGUGAUGGAAGCUCGCGUGUCCCUUGGUUGACCCUUGCAGAGCUGUGCCCCCUACCCCUCCGCCCGCCCGCCCGUCCCUCUCCUCCUCUGCACUGCCCCUCCAUCAGCCUCUCCUAGGUUACUCUUGGCCAACUCUGACCACCUGAUUAAGGGAUUAGUGGGGCUGAUGGUUGUCAGUGUCCCCCUUCAUGCUGGCUCCUACCACUAAACCAGACACCUGGACCCUUUUUGGGGGGAACAGGGGGGGGAGUUUACUCUUCAAUUCAUCCACAUUCAUCUCACAUGGAGAUACAUGUUCACACAUACCCACAAUUUCCUAUACACUUAGUUACAGUGGCCUCGUUGAGCAGAGGAGCGGAGAAUGCAAAGAGGAGGGGUGGGUAGCAGGGUUAGCACAGGGUUACUGUCUCGUAUCUCCCUCCCUCCCCACUCUUUCUCCAGCUCUUAUGACCUCCUCCUGCCCCUCCCUCUGCUCCCGAUGCCCUGCCAAAUUCAUAUAUCCCAUAAUCGUGCUGAGUCGCCAUGUCAGCAGCACUGUAUCAACCCUGCUGCUUUGUCUCGCUGCUGCUUGUCACUGCACUGAGGCGCUGCCUCCUGCCAUCACUGCAGUCAAAAGAUCAGAUACCUUGACUCUACAGAUGCCAAAGUGUGUCCUCCUUAUCAUUUAUUAUUUAGCGGCACUGUGUAUACUUACCGUAGCCCUAAAUAGCCUACAUUUAAUCUUUUAAAUUUGGCCAUUGAGAGCGUAAGUGAACCAGUGUCAGCUUGAAGAAAAUUUAGGCUGCCCUCAGUUUUUUUUGUACAGUUUUAAUUAUUUUUAUGGUGGCAGUUGGUUCAUUUUGAUAUGUGUGGAGAAGCAGAGUCAGUGUUUGAUGCUGCAGAUCAGCCUGGGACAUUCCUAACAGAUGCCAUCUGGACUAUUUUUAGCACGCUUUCUUUGCUUCACCUUUUGAACUUGUGUAAGAAGUGAGUCAACAGCUGUUUUCAGCCUUUCUCAAUGUUGUUAAUGCAUUUGAAAUGUCCCUUUAAUCACAGAUUCAUCAGUCCAAAUACCUUGAGUCGUAAUAGUAAAAAUGCAUCGCCUCUCAGUUGACAUUUGAAUUGUUUUUGGCUUCACUGAAGCUAGAUGAGCUGUUGGAGCCCUCCCCGAAGUGAGAGUCUGACCUCCCGGUGACCUCCUGCCCUAAUAAUUACACAGCAACAUGCUAACAGGCUCAGCUCAGCUUUGGCUGCAAUACUCUUGUUUUGCCUGUUAUUUUUAGCUUUGAAUGCAUGGUCACAAUGUUGUCAAACUUUUAUGACGGAUUUACUUCUGCAUUAGCUUGUUAGUCUGGAAUAGUUUGACUCAGUUUUGUUUUGUUUUGUUUUGUGUUGCUUUGUCGUGUUGUAUGUAGUGAACGAGCACAGCUGGCAUGGCCUUUUACUUCCAAAACCCAGUGAAUUAAGACUUUAUUAUUCAUCAUUCAGGCACAUUCCUGUUCAAACUUUUCAGCUCAGGGUUAUGUGGAGCUCAUAAAGUUCAAACACUUUAUCAGUUCAAGAUCAGUUUACUGUUUAAACAAGCCAGGCUUAACCUCUCAAAGGCAUUUACUAAAAUAUUUUCAAAUUAUGACCUUAAGCUUUUAUGUAAGACGCUUGAUGAUCAAGUCAUUACUCUGCAUGAUAGAAGUAAGAGAACCUGUGUGGAUUAAAAUGCAGUGUCCUGUUGAAAUAUUUGAUUUUGGAAGGCCUCUUUUAUGAAAGACAUUUUAAAAAUAGCAUUUUUAUAGUAGUUUUCUGAAGUGUUGUUACAUGAUUGCACAAUCACCUCAAUUUUAAAACCGUUUAGGUUUUUUAAAUGGACACAUGGAGGCCACUAUCUUGCACCACUAUUUUUCUAUUGUAGCACAGAACAGACAAACUAAUGAGGCCCAUAUAUGUGUGCUUUAGUGGUUGGCUGCCAAAAUUGCACUGGUUGGUAGAAAAAGAUGAAAGACGAGUGCUUGUUGUGCAUAUUGUUAGAAGUUUUUGAUGGUAAAAACCUGAAAAUGGGGAAUCAUAUCUGCAACACUGACUGGAUAUUGAUAAAUGCUCCCUUUUCUACACUCAGUACAUGAAAUGACAAAAAAAAAGGGAAAUUCUGGUUCAUUGUUUUCAUGCUAACAUUUUGGAUUCUUCGUGUUUUUUCCAUGAAGUAUAAGACGGUUGUUUUGCAGAGAAACAUGCUUUAGUGGGACUGGUAGAGUAAAAAGCCCAAGAUAUCUAAAACAUACUGUACAAGGUUCAGUUAUAGACCUGACUACUUUUAAGGGCCACAAGCUGCAAAACUUUUAAACCACUUACAAUAAAGAUGAACAAGUAAUAUCUCAGCAGUGAGAGUAUGAUAUAUGAUGAAAUAAGUUUGAAGUACAAACACAUGAAAAUUGAUUUGUAUCCUCCAAGCUUAACACAAUAGGUGAAGAGUAAAGCUAAAUCUGAACUCUUAAACGAUAUGAUGGUGAAUUUGUUUUUGCAGCGGUCUAACCAGGAAUGUCUUCAUGUGUUGCAGAGAACAACAAAGAUGCCCAGCAGUACCAGAAGGUGAAAGUAAAGGCAGAGCCCAUGGAGGUGGAUCCACCCCCUGCAGAGCUCACCCCUCCUGCCUCUCACCUGCUGGCCUUCAGCACUUUAGGGGCGAGUGAGAAGAGUAAGCCGAUGAGUAACCUCCCCGAGUCGUUGGCCCGCCCCCAGAAAGACCUCUUUUCGCAGGACAUAUCGGUCAAAAUGGCCUCAGAACUACUGUUCAAACUGUCAGGUGUGUUCCUCUUACACAAGCUUUUCUCUCUGCAUCAGUGUAUCGCUCCACAAACACACACACACUACUUGUACAACAGCAUGUCUUAUUUCUCUCUUCUACACUACAAGUAAACCUUGGACACGUUUCUAAACUCAACAUAAAACCCAUGUUUCCAUUUCCAUCCUCGGGUGGCUCUGCUGUAAAGUCAAGAAUAUAUGACAUGGAAUGACAUCCUGCGUCCCACCUGUACGGCCAUGAACGUGACAUUGAAGCAGCAGACAGCUGUUUGUAUUGAUAAAUUAAGACAGAGUUCUCAGAUGUAGGUGUGUGUGUGAGUGCAUGUAUGUGUGUGAGUUGAGGGGGUCCAGCUCUAAAGUCCUGUACUGUGACCCCCAGAUCCAUCCAGCCCCUGAUCGCUUGGCUUAAAUGCCACGCAGAAAAACAAGCCUGUGUAAAAUCUUUUUCCUCAUCUUGCUCUCACACAUAUUCACAAAUUCACACAUUGACUGUCUUUCUUUCCCACACAGUCUUGCAUGCACACCUUUACACACUCACACAAGGCCCCAUGGGGAGUGGUGUCUGCACAAAUGCCCCCCUCAUCCCUCCUCCCUCUUGUCUUUUCUCUCAUUCUCUUUCUCUCCCUCCCUCGAUUCGUUUUUAGACAUGCCGGCUCAAGCACACUUGGCUGCACACGCCCCCCCCACCCCCCCGCACACACACACACUCACUCACACACACACUUCCCCUCCCUCGCUCCCUUUACAUUUCUCCCGUGCGGCAUCUCCAUGGCAACGUCGAAAGAGACCUCUGUCCUUGGCGAGCAGUGUGACAGAGUGGGGUGUUUAGGGGUGCGGUGGCGGUGGUUGGUGGGGGGGUUGUACUAAGGGGCAGAGGAUAAGGAGGGUAGAGAGGGCAGUAGGGGGUACACUGUAUGCCCACCCAGGGAGGCUGGGGCAUCGCUAGCCUGGCAACAGCGACGACCGCCCCCCCUUACAACUGGGUCUGAAUGUGAGGGGGACUGGAACAGAGUGGGCUGCUGUCACACAAUGAGCAAUCAAUAUGAAUUACCCAGAGCAGUAGGACCUCAGAGACACAUCAGUAGCAAGGUCGCUCUGAACACUGAGAUGGUUGCAGCUUUGAAAUUCACUUCAGUGCAUCGCCUUGAAACUCACACAUAUGGCUCUGUUCUCAGGCUUUUUGUAUAGCUUUCUUUACUGCUGAAUACUGAACUGUGCUUACAUCGGCAGUGACAUUUUACAAAUCACGCCUAAGGUACCUCUCAUACAGCUCAUGUAAACAUUUCUGUUAAAGAGUCAACCACUCUGAGGUUUGAACGGCUUCUGUGUUUGACUGAACUGAUAAUCUGUUGAUGAUGAUGAUGAUGAUGAAGAUGAUGAUGAUGAGGAGGAGCUUUAACCAUGUGGACUUGAUGUGACUCACCAGGAAACAGCUCUCAGGAUCUCUGCUAAGCAUUGAUCUACUACACUACAGCUGCAUGCAACACAAACAGCGCUUUCUUUGCAUGUGAACAUAUUGUACAAUAUUGGCUUCAUGUACCUUAGAGGUGCCUGAAAAACAGGUGUGGAAGUUGCCAAGACUGCAGAGUUGCAGCCUCAAAAGUGACACUCCUGAGGAGGAUGAGAAAAGUAUAGUGUAUUUUCAGUUGAUGCACCCUGGCCCCAAGGAAUAAAGACAAACAGCAAGACUAGUUACUACAUUUUCUGUGAAAUUACAAAGUAUUCGGUGUCAAUGAUCAGGAUCUGUUUUAGUGGGUUUAACAAAAUCAGAAAUGAAACCAUGAAAAUUAGAGAUUCACUGAUCCAUUUUAUUCGCAUCCAAUCUGAUACCGAUGCCUGGGCUGAGCGUAUCGGCCGGUAUCUGAUACCGAUCCAAUACUACUGUUAAAUGAAUGAACUGUUUACCUUACCCUGUGAGUGAAUGCAUCAGGUUUGACAUCAGCCUUGUUAAAAAAAAAGUAGCAAAUUAACACAGAUAUAAAUUUACUUAACAUUAUUUAUUAACAAAUAACAAAAUGCACAUUAGCACACAGCAAAAAGAAGUAAGACUUCCAUGUAAACAUUUAGUGCAAUAGAAUAGACAGAUGUAGAAUAUAGAGCGAACAGAAUCGCUGUGUUUCUGUGAAUGAUGUCAAUAAAAAGAAAAAAAAGACUGGAUUGGAACACUGGAUCAGCGUCAUUCACCAGAUAUCUGAUCCAGUCAACUUGUCAAUAUCUGAAAACAGCUUCUCAGGUUGAACACAAGUUUAAAGUUCGUUUCUCGAUUAUUCCUCCUUUACCAUCACUGUGAAACAUCUGAAAAUGUUAACCUUCAGCAGACUUCCUGUGAGUGCUCAAAGACUUGAAAAGGCAUUGUACACAAAGUGUUGGUCUAUUAGCUUAUUCUGUGCAAUGUUAUUAAAAGAGUAUUAAAAAUAAUAAUUAAAAACAGCCUUGGAAUAACUCCUCGCUCUUUCAAGUGUUUGACUUCACAUUUAAACGGUUUAUUGUAUUUGCUGCAUUAAUAGAGCUCUUUAGGCAGAUUUUAAAGAUUGGACUCUCUAAUUUAAAGAGGUGUUUAAAACAUUUAUUUUCUCCCUCAUUAACAUACAAUAGCACAACCACACAUAAACACACACACACAUGUGCCAUCUGGGCAGUCUAAUGUAGAUCUGACCAACCAUGCUCAUUGUUAUUUUUUUAGAUUUUUACAUUGUUAUUUUCUCAACGUAUAUUUUCACAUUUGAGUUGCUGGGCUUACUUUAGGCCUGCAGGUCGACGGGCCCACCAGAGACUCCCACUACUCCAGAUGGCCAGAACACCCCUGCUGGCAUGGUGAACCUGUGCUUUACCAGCCGAGUUAAACUUUGAGGAAUCAAGAUCCUAUCGUGUUUGUUUCCUGCUCUGUAACGGCCAAUGUGCAGGGGAGACGUAGGACACUUUUAAAGUCAUUUAAAGUGUCAGCUUUUCACAUCAUAAUAUCUGGUCCACAGCGGUCAAAUGACUAACUGGAAACACAGACUUUUAAAAAUUCACUCAUUCAUAAACAAGCUGCUCUCAGUCUUUUUAUACCUCUUUUUAAACCACCUAAGAUGUCCUUUACCAGGACAAAGUUAUCCUAUCAUAUUGAAGAUGUCCAAGAUGUCAUCACAUCAAAACACCGUAAAAGUUUAAGAGGCAGACUGCAACCUUUAAUUUGAAGUGAAAUGUGACAUAUCAGUGGCUGAACUGAUGAGUGUUUUUGUACUUUCAGAAAAAGUCAGCAAAUCCAACAACCACAAAGACAGUAACAUGGUGGGAAUAAACAGGUGAGUCAUUAAUAAUGCACAUGUUCUUGCUGUUUGGUUACAUAAUGUGUUGCCUUCUAAAAUUUCUCUCGGGUUUUGCAUAAUGUUGUUUUUUAACACAUAAUUUUGUACAUAUUAUGUUAUAUUAAUUACAUAAUAUUUGUCAUUAAUAAAGUUACCAUAGGCAUUAAUCUGUAUUUUUGAAUAUAGUUAAAAAUAUGUGUUUGAGCUCGCUGGCAUGGAACUGACAGUAUUAUGUAUCAUGUUUCAGUCCGUUCCUGGACGAGUGCUUCAGACAAUCACCCUUUAACUCGCGAUCCAAGAGCUCUUCCCCCGCAGAGGCCAGCUCUUCUACCAGGGCAGCAUUUCAUGGUAAGACACACAUACACAGACACACACACACACAGAGACACACACUCAGGGGAACAUGACUAGAGGUGUGUAGCAGUGGAAUAGAGACACAUCAAGAGCAGUAUGUUACAGGCAGUGGAUGGAUGGGCUCACAUUUAGAGUUUUACACAAUGAUCAGUCACACAACAAAAAAUAACCAGUUUUUCCAAAUGUUAACAACUUUUUUGACCCUCCGAUUUGAAUAUUUGUUCUCUCAGUUUGUUUGUUUCAGUUGACAGAACCUUUAAAAUGGCCCAGCUGUGUUUGUUGACACUGUAGUAAAUCUGUCUGUAGCUGUGACAGGUACAGUCACACAGACCAACAUAAAAACAAGUUUAUGUGUAAAAGUUCAAGCAUGAAAUGUGAACACUUACAUACUUGAGUAGUUGUCCCUGCUGAGCACCAAGCUGUGUUCAUAUAAUUUAACACACUCUUUUUCUUAAUAAAUGUUUUAUUUUUACAGUUUUUUGUAGUUCUGCUGAUUAAAUGUGCAGAAUGAAAAUAUUUGCAUUGUUUCAUUUUAGUGAUACCAAAACAAAGUGCAGUGACGAAUAUACAUCAUACUGCUCACUGCCUUUACCAGAUAUUAUGAUGGACUGUUCGAUGAUCAUCUUGCAAAACAUCACUUGACCUUGAUAUUACUAUUAUUGUGGGCUAUUCGUCAUGCAUUGUUCUGUGUCGUUAGUCACCCUACUCCCGACGGUAGUCAAAUCUUUGUGUCAUCCUCUUUGCAAACUUGAGAAGUAAAUGAUUAGGUAACAUGCUAACUAUGCACACACUGUCACUAACAAAAGAGAAAAUUAGGCUGCAGAUUCAAAGUAACCACAAUACAUACAAUAUUAAUAUAGACCGCUGUACUAGACUUGGCUCCAGUGUGAACACUGCUUUGAGUAUUUAGUUAAAACUCUUUAAAUGAAAGACUUUUUGGACCAUACAUCCGCUUUAGAUUAGAGCCCAGUGGCAAGACUUGAUGGUCUCUUUAAGAAGGUGAUCAAAAUGAUCUGAAACAAACCUCCCUGAUUGAAUAUUCAAAUCCUAACUAAUUCCUUUCUACCGUUUCAGUAAGAUGAGGUGCUUUCAAUGAUCCUCUGCAGUUUAUUUUUCUGCAUACUCAUCAGGUGCGCCGAUCAAAAAUAAGAGCCGUUUCAUCGCUAAAAGCUUGCAGUUCUUUACUGGAAUAAAUACAAGUCCAACUUUCUCUUUUCUUCCGCCUCUGUACUAUUCUUCAGGUCAAGGCACAUACAAUAACAUUUUUAUGAAUUAAAAUCUACCCUAACAGAGAGCAUACACUUCAGAGGUAUUUGACAUAUUCACACUUAACAUCUUACUAGUCACAAUCGAGUUGCUGUUGUAAAGUGUUGAGGAUAUUUUUGCCUGGCUUCUGCAUAAUCAAUGAAUGGCUGCCAAGUUUUAUGAAGUUUUUCAAUGGAGCCUUGUGAAAGAGGUUUUUUUCUUUUUUUUCAGUGGUUUAAGGUGUUGUGUAACAUUUUUGAUCGGCAAAGUAGUAGUGGGAGUUUGAGUAUGUUUACAGUUCAAGGGAGUUAUUACAUGUGCUAAAAGAUGUAUGAAUCUUUCCACAGUGGAACCCCAACACAGCCUCCAUGUUUCAGAAGAUAUACUGUAUUGGCCGUAAAAUGCACUUCCCAUACAUGUAUGUCUAUGAAACCGAGCCCACAUACACACACACGCUACAUCCAUGAACACACAAAUCAAAUCAAACACAAGGACUCAAAACUUCCAAUCUGAGGACACAUCACAAUUAACAGGCUCCAGCUUCACAUGAUCUCCUCCUCCCUAGUAAACCUCCUUUCCCCUGUUUCAUAUUUAGAGCUCUGUCCAGCCUUUCUGCUCCCUCACUCAUUUCCCCAUCCUGGAGGCCUCUGCCCAGGGCAUCCCCCCCGUCUCCCACUCCUCCCCUUUUUCCUGGCAUCCCGCAACUUCCCUCCAUGUUCCUUUGGCAGUGGGAGAUCCAGAGGUUAAUUAGCUUGUGCCAGCUUCGCCUGUCCCUCUGCCAGUUAAUGAAAAUCUGAUUGGCUUCUGGGUGUCAAGAGUGUCCUGAAAGUUAAUUCGCCCAGUCCACCUCCCCUUUCCCUUGUGUGUUUAAGCUUCAGAUCCAGCCUCUGCCGCUCGCUUUUUUUUUUUUUCUUAACUGUUGUACUCUUUUACUCUUUUCUCUGCUCCAUAUAUUUCUGCCAAGACCUGUUGUUUUUCUUCUAUUAUUUUUUUUUAAUCAUGAGUCCCUCCAGCAAUGGCUGAACUAUUAAUGACUUAAAACAUAGCUGCAUCAGUUAAUUCAUUGAUCAAUACCUCACAGAUAAAAUGUUAAUGGUUAUAUAUAUUUUUUUAAACUGAUGAAUGAUUUGUCCAACACUUUAACUGAAAGGAUGUAUUCUCUUUAUAUUGAUUUAUAAUGAUAAAUUAAGUGUUUUUGACGGUUGGUUAUUAUUACUUUUAUACUUGAAUAGACUAAACAAUCCAGCAGUGAAUUUUUGGAAAUGACUGAAAGAAAAAAAUGUUGAAAAUAACUAUUAAUUGCAGCCUUAACAUAGAUAUUAAGUUAUCUAUCUGUGUACUUUAUUGAUUCCCAAAGUUGGGAAAUUUUGUAAGAGUCAAAAUGUGAAGCCUGAAGCUUUAUCCAAACAUACUUGUCUGCCCUUGGUUGCUUGUCUCGAACUCUUUCCAUCCCACUUUCCAUCAACAUGUGUAACCUGGCCAUCUCCUAGUCGCACAUUUGAGUCAGUUAAUGCUUUUAUGUGCUGAGCCACAGCUUUAGUUACAAGCUCCAUAAGAAGAUCCCCGAUUCUCAGAAUAAGCCUCAUAAGACAACGCGAUCGGAGGUGCGUGAAUACACAGUCAUGGUACCUGCAAAGUCCAGCUAAUGCAAGAGGUCAGGAAGUUCAUGACCUGCAGGUCGGCCCAGGGUGCAGGUGUCCUGAUGAAUGUCAUGUAAGCUCGCAGGCGUGGUGGUGUCAAGGCCGUCACACACACACAUCAAUUGUACACCGUUUACAAUAAUGGCUCAUGCCACCAUUUAUCUUUUAGUUGUUUAGAAUGAAAAAAAUCAACAAAAAAAUUGAUUAUUAAAAACGAAUACUUUGUUGAAUGAUGAAUGUAGCAAUUCAGAACAAUUAGAAAAAGGGCCUGCUGGAUAUAAACCCUGUGUAAACAUGACCCUGAUAACAGUAAAGGGAUCAUUUGUUGUUUUUGAAGUGGGGUUGUACAAGGUACUUGACAGUAGGUAAGUGUGUUGCCUUUAUUUUUGGUGCAUUGCAUUGCCAUAAAACAGGCCAUUAUUAUUUUGUCUAAUCUCAAAUUUUUGCUGCAGCCGCUCUGCUACCCUGGGCCUGCCUGCUUUCCAGCUGCUUCAACUAUUUGUAUCAGUCUCACUUCUGUCCACUUCUCUCUUUCUGUAUCUCCCUCGGUCCCCUCUCUAAACCCAACAGCAGAUGCAGUAACAGCAGAUGACUGGCUUACACAAGUCUGGUUCAGCUCAAGGUUUCUGUUGGUUAAAAUACAGUUUUUUUCUCUCCACUUUAACCUGCUGAACAGUGCACAGUGCUUCAGUCAUGUAGUUAAAGAUAGGAUGGGAGUGGGUCUGAUCCUAUGAGAUAGGGUUCAGUCUUAUCACAUCUUUACAUUAAAAAGAGUUUGGUCUAUAAAAGCUUUUUUUAUCAAGCAUCCAAAUCUAGCGUUGUUGUGUUUGAUAGCCGAUGAUAGCUUAGCUUCUGCUUUAGUUUUCUGACCUGUUUAUCAACAGAGAGCGGACCAGGAUCCUCUUUGUAUAAAACACAUUGAGAAGUUCCUCAUACAAUCAAGUUCAAGAAAAAUAAACUGUCCCUUUAAUUUGGAAAAUGUUUAACCCUUACAUAAAAUAGAAGCCUGUCUGUCAGUUUCAUUGAAGAAAAAAGAAACCAGCAGAUUUACAUUUUCUCUCCAACUAUACUGAGUGCUGAAGACUUGACAGAUGUCCUUUCUUGUAAAAUGCAGGUUUACUUGGUUACAGUAAGUGUAUAAGACAGUAUGUCUAAUUCUAUAUGUAUGUGACUUAAGUUAAUCUUCUUAAUCUCGUCUACAAACAUGCAUGUUGUUGUGUUUGCUGAUUAUUUAUUAAGCUUUUCGCCAACGAUGUCAACGAAGCCCAUACCAUGCAUUAACAAUCACUCUUAUUCCUCCAUUCCCCUUUACUCCUGUACUGAGACACUGAAAUAUGGUAGAAAGGAGGAAACGGUGGUCAGUUUGUAUCCAUAUCAUACAAACUGUCAAAUUCUCACAUUUAAGAAACUGUGUCCAUCAAUUGUUUAGAUUUUCUGCUUCAAGUGUUCAAAUAGAUGUAAUAUUUUUUUUUUCGUUCAUUGAAGAUAUUGCUGAAAUGCAGCUAAAAAAGAUAAAUGAUGCUUAAUUCAUAAUAAGACAUUACUCUGAAGACAAAGGCAUUUAACAAUGUUCCUCUAUAUCAUCCUAUAAACUGUACCUGAUCAUUUUAUUAUUGGUUUAUCAUUAUUUUUAUUAUGAUAAUUGUAAGUAGUAGAUGUACCACUUGUUUAAAUGAGAAUUUAUAGACAGUUUUGUGUCCUUCAGCAGAGUGUACACUACUUUAUUUUGACCAUCCAAAAAGAUGUGUGCAGGAUGGUCUGACACAAACAAAAGCAAAUAAACAAAGGCACACAACUGGUUUGCAUGUAAAGGGCAAAGAGGGGAUGAAAUAUGUGAGACAGAUACUGACAAAAUGCUCCAGGGUUUGUGAGUCAGUGCAACAACAGUAAAAUGUCCUUUCACACCUCCCUCCAAAGCCGGUGCAUCUGUUGGUUUACAUGCAGCCAACAGAAAACCUGCCCUCAAAAGGCUGAAAAUUCUUUGUUUCUCCUCGUCGUGGUAAAAGUCUUUUCGAUAAGCCAGAUUGUGUUUUUAAAAACAAAGUGAUGUUUGUAUGGUGAAAUGUGACUUAACCAAAUGACCACAGCGUGCUGUUGAAGAAGACUGUUCAGCAUGUGAAAUAUUUCAUAUCCAAUGUAAUGUUUAAUUAUUUCUUUCAGCUGCGCCUUGUGAAGCUUAUGUGCACUGAUUUCCAUCUGCAAAUAAUCAAAAAGUUUAGUUUGAAGGAGAAACCGAGCCGGGGUUUGUCAACCCUUUAUGGACACUUGAAAUGAACCUCAAGAGGAGUUUUAAGUAUCAUUUUCAUCAUUUAAUGCCUUGCAAAUACAAAGGUUUUGGCCAAGGUCAGUCUGUUUAUGAAGCUGACUGAACUGUAUGGACUGUGAGUGAAAUUCUUGCUUCCAUCUUUGAAAGUUGUAUAGUACUAAGAGUGCUAUAAGUACUACAUGUUUGUACCCUUGGGACUGUAUGCCACAUUUAUAUGGCGAGGCUUAAAUUGUCGCAGCAACUUCAAUUCUCUAGAUUCAAUCAAAGCAUCUGAAAAUAGCCGCUCUCAUUCUUUCUAUUUCUUUGAUUAAAGGGUGGCUGAGGAGGGGAGGGGAGGUGACACACAGUAAGGAGAGUUACAGUGGUGUGUUAGCGUGUUAGUGUGUAUGUGUGUGUGUGUGUCUGUAUGCUGCAGGCUUCAGAGCAAAGGACUGGUUCUCGCUGUUGACAUUAAGAAUGCAUUUUGCACCGCAUCCGACCCGCAGGCUAGAGAGGGAGCAUCUGUCAAAUGGUAGCAGACAGGUUUCAGUCUUGUGGGUUAGCAAAUUAGCCCACAGUGUAUCAGUUGUUCUGUUGUUUCACUGACACAGAGGGGAGUGAGACUUUCCCUGAUUACAGAAUACAUUUUACCUCCUGGUCUAAGGCGAUGUGAUACUCAUACAGUUUCCUAUAAAAGAGCGUAAGAUGCUUUGAUUUCAACAAGCAUAGUAGUGAAUGUUGAGUGAUGUUACACAGAUUAACCACUCAUUUUCGAUACAUAACAGCUUCCUUCACUCCUUUAAAUCUUUCACUCUAUAUUCUGUGUUAUCUUUAAAUGCAUGUCUGUGUCAUCUGUCCAUUCACCAGUCCUCCUCCAGCCUUAUGCACUAUGAUUAGCAUGUAAAGCCACACAGAAUCCAUGAGACGGUAAAGGACAGACGGUUGUUGUCAUCAAUCAGUCUUUUAUUUAUACAGCGCCAAUUUGUAACAAAUGUGACCUUCAUUGACUUUACACCAAGAGUGUACUCUGUGUUUCUUUGUUUAUAGAGCAGAUCACUUAUCAGCUUUUAGAAACUGGAGAAAAUUUAAUUUUUCACAAGCAUCACCUCCUGAGCGGGACAAAAUAUAGUCUGAAUUCAUGUUAGACAGAUAAAACAACUCAUAGAGAGAAAAGAAUAUGUACUAUUAAAGGAACAGUAAGUAAAGAUAAGACGCUAAUCUUAAUAUUUAUAACAGUUUAAGUCAAGAGGGGUGCUGUCUGGGUUUAAAACAAUGAUCAUCAUCAUAGGGUCAGGAAUGAUAAUGUCAGAUUUAGCUGUUGGAUAAAGCAGCUUCAGGAGUAAAGAAGUGCUGUCAAUAUUUUUAACACAUUAAGUAAAAUACUGAUACAUGUAACUGUCUCAAAUUGUGAGGGAAACAUGUUUUAGGGUAACUCAGAGCCUGAUGAAAUCUUUUUUGAAUUUUCAAGAUUCUAUUUUGAUUUUUCCCCAAAAAAAAUUCAGGUCUUCAAAUUUCAAGAAUUUAAUAAGAAAAAAACUCUAAAUGAAGUCGACAUUGAUAUGUUGUUAUAUGUUAUAUGACUUGCACAGCAAUAACGAUAUUUAGGAUCUCUUACGGCAGUUGUUUUGUCAACUACUAUUUUUUUUUUUCUGACAGAUCAUCAGCAGGACAGCCUCAAACACAUCAAGCCUCUGACUGAGUUUGCUUUGGUGGUCUGGCAGUGCCCUUUAAGUUGACAGUGCUUCACCAUAAACAGCUUUUUCAUUUUUUUCCAGUGGAAUAUCUGAUUCCACUCGCUCUAGCACACAGCCCGUCUUUUCUUUUCAAUCUGAGUUUUUGAUUGAGGGUGGUCAUCCCAUGUACUGUCUGAGGUCCAGUCACUCGAACGCUGACAGAACUUACAGAAAAGUUGCUCUCCUGGUUCAAAGAAGUCACUCAGCUCUAAAACUAGUGCUCAGAGUUGCAUUUUUUAAUCUUUUUUGAUGAUAUUGACCUCUUUUAAACAUGUGGUCCUUUGUCUUUGUUUUAAUGUUUGUGUUAAUUGUUUAUUUUAUUGUUUUUAAUUUUUACUGUACAGCACUUUAGUCAGCGUUUUGUUGUUUUUAAUUGUGCUUUAUAAAUAAACUUGAAUUUGAUUGGAUCAUAUGGUCCUUACACAACGACUCUACACGUCUUGCACAAGUUGAAAAUGUAUGAACACUUUUCCAAAAAUCUCUGAUAAAACAAAUGGAAAAAGAAAACUGCUCUGGUUUUGUUAUUUCAUCAAAUUUACAGCCUCAUGACUUCACAGCAUACCGCUUCACCUGCAGAUACUUCCAUGGCUGGUCAUGUCAGCAGUGAAUGAUGAGUGCGUUUUUCUGUGUUUGUGUGUUUUCAGACUCAGAAAAAGACGACGGGGAGCCGGGAAACGGGAUCGCCCAGUGGAGACUCAAUGAGCAGCUCUUCCCCUGUCCUGUCUGUGGAAAGGUGUUCGGUAGACAGCAGACUCUCUCCAGACACCUGUCCUUACACACAGGUAAAUAAACAAAUAAACAAUCAAUGACAUUUUUAGCGUGUGGGCCCACGUUAGAUGCCGUGUGCUUGUAUUAGUGCUGCCCACAGUAAGUAAAUAAGGUUUACUAGACUAGAUUACCCUUCCUUUAAAGAGAUUACUACCAUGAUUAGUCUCACUGGGAAAACUGCCCGUCUAAUUACCCAGCAAGAGGGAUCCCUAACAUACACACACACACACACACACAUGUUCAAUACAGCCACAUUUGGUUCUCUCUUUCACUUUGUUUCUCUCUUUCACACACACACACACACACACACACACGCAAACACACACACACACACACAUGUUCAAUACAGCCACAUUUGGUUCUCUCUUUCACGAACACACGAACACACACACACUGUCAUCACUCAGGAGACUUUGUCAGGAUGAAGCGGUGCUCUCCCUCGUGUCCUGAUUACUCAGUGUUUUCAAACUCAGCCUUUCUUUGUUCCCCAGUUGUUCCCGUCUCUGCCAUCACUGUCAUCUGCGAUCCUUCUUUAGGCUCUCUUUAGGAAGCAGAAAUUUUUUUUAAAGAGAAAUAAUGCUCAAUUAGAAAUUAAUGCAGCCUACUUUGGAUCGCAGACUAAAUCAUUGAGUGCACAAAUGGAGACUCGUGUACAAAAUGCCCCCCACACAAUUGGACAUGCUCUCACAUCUCGCGUGCACACACUACACGACGCACACACACACCAUCUGAGCGGGUUGGCUGCGAACAGCUUGGCCACACCACAGAGAGCAGAAGCAGGGGCAUAUGUCAGUGUGAUGGUCUUUUUGGUUUCCCCGGCGACAUAAAGGUUGCCUGGCUUCAUGUCCUUGGGGCAAAUGGUGUGUGUACAAGUUUGUUUGUGUGUUUUUCAGGGGGAGCUGGGGGGAAUAUGUGUUGUAUAGUUUGAUUUAGAAUAACAUUAGAGGUUGUAUUUUGCAUGAAAUAUUUUAAUCAGAUUUACAGCGCCAGCAGAUAAUGAGAAAUAAUGUCUAUAUGUGGCGCAUUUUUCACCAUCUUAAAGCAUUCACAGGAUUAUCCAGCUUCUUCCCCUGAAAGCUUGAGUUUGCCAGACAUCACAAGUUGUUUUUUUUCUCCCUCUUCCCAGGAUCAGAGUUACAGUUGGGGUCAGACAAAGGUGAGGCAGGGUUAGUCAUUGAGUAAUUAGGUUUAAGCUUUCUUUAAAGGCUGAGAGGCUGACCGCAACUUAAUGAAAUAUCACCUGAGGUAACGUAUACAGUAUCCCGAGGUCUUGUGUCUGUGUGUUUUCUGUUGCAGAAGAGAGGAAGUACAAGUGUCACCUGUGUCCUUAUGCAGCCAAGUGCAGGGCUAACCUCAAUCAGCACCUGACCAUCCACUCUGUCAAGCUGGUCAACACAGACGCUGAGCAGAUCGUCAGUGCUGUUACAGCUGACUCUGCCGAGCGCAAGAACUGCCCCUACUACUACAGGUACUGAUAACAAGGGAAAAUGCUGCCCUGACUGUCCUCACCAGGUCUCUCGCCAAGAAACCCUAUGACUUGCAGAUAAUAAUAUUUCUAGAGGCUUGGUGCCAGAUCUGAUUUUGAUAAUAUUUGUAGAUAUGAUUUCUUGAAAAUAACUCCAGUUAUUUUUCUACUCAUUCAAUAUUGUUAUUACUUCAAAGAUGUUUUAAGGUGGCCGAGAACCACCACUGCUGCAAAUAAAAAAGAAUGGAAGGAAAAAAAAGUCACAACGGAAGUCACCGAUGCAAAAAAAAAAAAAAAAAAAGAAAAGAAACCAAAGCCCACUGCAAAUAAAUAAACGAAACGGUGCAGAUUUUUAAAAAAAGGCACAACAGAAGUUAACGACGCAAAAAAAAGUGGCGAUGCAAUAAAAAAAAAGUUACUUCCUGGGAAAGUUAAAGGAUGCAAAUUUUAAAAAAGCCACAACGGAAGUGAGCUGCCGAAGACCAAUAAUAAAAAAUAUCGAGGGGUCUGCAUACUUAUGUCUUUGAGUAAAGCAACUGAACCGUAAAGCUACUGAACUCGAUUCUCCUCUCGUGGGUGGUCUUUCGGGCCAUAGUAGGAUUCUCGUGUUAGCCGAAGCUAACACUACAUCGACAUCCUCCAGUUAAACUUCAUAUCGACUCAGGCGCAACAUGGCCUAACCAAAUGACACAUUGAAAAGUACACAAAGCGAAAUCAAACAGUAACCUUUCCACUAACUUCUUUUUACUCGUCUUCUCGCCGUCGUCUUCUGUGGCUGGACUGUAAAACACCGGUGUCUCAUCAUUAUUGGUCCCUGGCAGCUCACUUUUGCUGUGGCUUUUUUUUACUUGCAUCCUUUUAUUUUUGCAGUGUCAUUUUAUUUAUUUAUUUAUUUUGCAUCUCCCCUUUUUUGCAUCGUUAACUUCCAUUGUGGCCUUUUUUUUUUUUUUUCUGCACCGUUUCUUCUUUUAUUUGCAGAGGGCUUCAGUUUUUUUUUUUGUUUGUUUGUAGCUUCUUUUUUUGCAUUCUUUUUUAUUUGCAGCAGUGGCGGUUCUCGGCCACCGUAAUGUUUUACUGUUUUCUUAAAAAAGGAAGUCUGUAUAAUAUUACACAUCAAGCUACAGACUAGACAAAGUUAGCUAAGUUUACCUGAGAGUUUAAAUUGGUGAUGCUAGUAUUGUUCUUAAUGAUGUGCUCAACAGUCACAGAAAACAGUGGUUUCUCUCUGGUACUAAUCAAAAGCAUUUAAUGCGAGCUGGAAUUGAACAUUGGGAAAUUAUAUUUUGUAUGAUAAAAUGUACUUGAACUACUACUAUGUACAUACAUAUCAAGGCUAUAUAAAUAAAAUUAUAUAUUGAAUACAAUUUUAAUAAAUUUAACAAUCUCUGUUUCAGCAUUAUGUAAGUGCUCUUCAAACAGAUUCUUGAUUUGACAAACUUCGAGGUUGCAAAAAAGUUUCUGAACAGUGCUGUGUGUAUGUUCGCACUGCCUCAGAGCGUGAUUCCGCAACGCCAUAAAGCGAUGUGUAAUCACGCUCUGGGACACCCGUAUUACGCUAUUGCGGAGUUGAGCGUGUAAAUAUGAAGGCGUGAUGAUGGCAGAGCUCUGUUCCAGCCUGUUGCCGCAAUGUUUUAGUCAGUCCCAAGGCAAUAGGCUUCAUAAAUGGACCAAUAAGCUGUGUGUAGGUAGGGUGCACAGGAGUAUUAACGUAUUAGCGUGUCAGGCUGUAUUUAGUUGAAUAUUUCAGAAGACUACAAAUUUAGUACGUAUAUAAAAUAAAGCAGAAGUCAUUGUGUCACAUCUGUGUUUAGUAGAUUGGUGGUAGUUAAUGUCAAGCAUGCUCCUGUUGUCGAGUGCGUUUCAAAUCUUCUCUCCUCUAAGUCCCUGUAAAAAAAAAAAAUGAGUGUGUGGUUUCCAAAAUGUCCUACUAUUGCUUUAAUCAUCUGAAUGUGUCUAAUGAUGUGAAAAGAGUGAAAUAGCACCAAGUCUGCAGUGUGUCAUUUUCAAUCAUUUCAAUCAAAUUAAAAUAUCCACACUGUGCCACUUAUCAAUUUAUGCGGACAUAAUAUAACACUAAAGCUGCCUGCCCCUCCCCCUGUUAUUCUCACCAUCGUCCUUCCUCUUCCUCUCUGUUCUCUGUCCAGCUGCCAUGUGUGCGAUUUCCAGACGGAGCUGAACGCCCAGUUUGUCAGCCACAUGUCGCUCCAUGUGGACAAGGAGCAGUGGAUGUUCUCACUCUGCUGCAGCGUCUGUGACUAUGUCUGCAUGGAGGAGAAUGACAUGAAGAACCACAUAAGUACUGGGCAUGCAGGUACGAGUGUCUCAGAAUGCACGGCUGCCCACUGGCUUUUAUCAGGUGGAAACUCAUGCAUACAUGAUGAAUGGUUGAAUAUUAUUGGGUUUUUUUUAUGUUUUUCUUUUGAAGUAAAUUCAGUGUAAAUUAUGUUGUCUGUUUACCCUAAUGAACAGCCCAAAACCAAAUAUCGACAACUGAUUUCCUGGGUAUUGGAAAUGUUGUGAUUUCUGCUCCUCGUGUUCAUGUUCUGGGCGGUAGAAAAGUACAUGAUUCAACCUCUAGAAAUAAUGAUUUAUGGAGUUAUUUUCAAAAAUUACUCUCACAUGUUAAGAGUGGGUGGUAGCUUACACAUUGUGGCUCUUGUUCACAGCCCAGAAUAGAAAAUCAGUGCAGUGCUUUGGACAGUGACACAUUUUUCUAUUGUUUUGGCUCUGCAGUCCAACACAUGGGGUUUAAAAUUUAUACAAUGGCUAAGGUUAAAGAAGCAACAUUUUGCUUCGAGGCUUUUAGGAAUGAUUCUGUUUUUAGAUGUGGUCCAGAAAUAUGGUAAAAGUACCUUCUCUUUGCACUCAACCUGCAUCUGUUUGUAAACAGCCUGAACUUUAACCUCUGUCUCAGCGUUUUACUCUCUUAAAGAAGUAUUUGCACAGUAAUCUUACACGUUUGGUUUGCAAGUGAUCUGCUUAUAUUGUCAAACCAACAGCCUAAAAACAAAGAACAUAUAUUAUUAUGUAAUGUAGAAGUGUGAAAUCUGGCAAAAUGUGACAUUUAAGAGGCUGAUAUCCUUUUUUAUUUUUUGCUAUUUGUUAGAGCAACUGAAACAUCUUUGGCGAAUAAAGCGCAGUGUUAUACUUCAUUUUUACUGUGUGUGUGAAAAGAAACCAGAAAACAGUUUCUAGUAUUAAAAAAAAACUAUAAUGUAGCAGUCAUUUCCACUUCCUAAACUUUGAGUUGUGUAUGAGUUUAGAGGCCACAGGGAAAGACAAGCAGCAGAAUCGGGUUUCACAAACCAGCCUCCUCCAGUCGACCUUCUUUGGACUUUUAAAGCUGCUGGAGUGAACCCCUGGUGGUCGAUAUGAGUGUUUUUGUCUAAAACAGCUUUGUCCAGUUUAUUGCUGACGUUUUGCUCCUCUGCUAUCCCUCAGUGUGUGUGUGUGUGUGUGUGCGUGUGUGUGUGCUGGUUGUGUGUAAUGUGUGGGUAGGUGGGAUUGUCCGGCCUAGACAGCUGAGGGGUCUUUCAGAGGCCACAGUGGCCUUGUUUAUCUGAGAAGGUUGGCCCUUAUCGUGCCUGAGGGGAAAAAAUCAAUAGGCCUUGGGUCCUUUGGAGACGAGCUGGGUUUACGAUGCCGCUGUGGCCAUCUUUUAAGUCUCUCUGCCUGGCUCGGUAUUUAUCUCAGUCUCACACAAGAUGGACACCACCGCCAAACACAGAAAAGUACAGGAGAGCUGCUUAUAACCACCUCAGUCACUCGACUUUCUCCACCAGGGGUCCCUUAUUUAUUUGUGGAGGUUCAUCUGUUUGAUUAACAGAUUCAACUUUCUAUACAGAAUCAGAACCUGUACAGGACUGGUCUUAGGCCUGAAGAUGGUUCUCUGCGGUACCUUUGUAAUCUGAGAAGUAUUAUUGACUUUGACACAGUGGGACAGUAGACUAGUUUACUUGUGGAGGCUGCUACCGUUACCAUUCCCAACAAAUAUGACACCAAAGUGAGCAGACUGCCUGUGGUGUUGAUAGACUUUUUUAAUUUUCUAUUAUUAGUUUUAAGGGCCAAUCCUGAUGAUUUCAAAAUGCCAUUUAUCAGCCUGUCAUUAAUCUAUUGUUUUAAAAAUCUGCAAUAAGAUGCUUUCAGGUUCUGUUAAUUGCAAGGAAAUUUCAAAAAAGCCAAUCUUAAACUCGCGGGACGCAGAUAAGCAGCCACUCCUCUGAGGAUGAAAUGAUUUUCGAUAUUUGAUCUGUAGACACGAUAGCACCUCCAAUCGCUCAUCAAAUAACACAACAUACUAAAAAAGGAGUCGUGGCCAGAAGUUGUUAACCACUUACUGAUGACGACACCGGAGAUACUGAUAGCUCCCAGAGGCAAAUACCCUCAACAGAGGCUAGCCAAUCGGCUGAGAUUUGACAGUAAAUCCAGGCAGGCUGUAAAAGGUUAGGUCUGUGGUCAACUGUGUGGACACGCCCAGGUAUGAGAUGGUCAAGAACAGCGGGAGUCAGAGUUCAGGCUGACUCUCUGUGAAGACUGGACUCCACACAGGGUAAAGGAUUUACUUGGUUGCAUUUCUCUAUUGUAGGAGGGAGGUGGUGAAAUAGUCUAUGAGAGCAUAUUCGUUGAUUUGUACUCGUUAUAUUCUGUCUGGUUAAGCUUCUUAUUCGUGUUUCUAUAUCACUAAUGUUGUCAGGAAAUCACAGAUGAGAGCUGAACUAUAAAAGAGAGGGUUUUUCAGUAAAGGUGUGGUCAAGGUCAAGGCCCAGUGGCUCAGAGCAGAGCUUUUUUCCCUUUUCUAUUUUUUGUCUAUAUUCUGUGGCUUUAGCCUUUUGGAUAUUUUAAUACAAGGCAAGUGUAGAUUAAAUACUACAGCAGAGGUGCUGCAUAAAAGCCUUUUCUAUAUGUAUUCAAAGGGUUGCUGCGACUGAGCCGUGGUGACCCGAGUAUAUUUAGAUUUGAUUGAAGGCAAUUAAUCACACCGCACAUCUAUCUCUGUAUUUAUGUCUGUGUUUCUGGAGCAUGUGUAUAUUUCUGUGUCUGUCUGAGGACUCUGUCUGUGUUUGCCUGUAUUGAAAAGAUAAAAAGACAGGUCAACCAUUUCAGGAUCUCUGCAGCCUUUUCUCCCUCCUUUACACUCCCUCCUGAGUGAAUGCCCUUUGUCGAGCUGUGCCCUGAGAUGCUCCCGCCAUCUUAGCUCCUUCGGCCAUGACCUGCACUCCUCAACCCUGCCUCCCUCUCGCCCCCCUCCCCUCCUUAAUUCCCUCUCUCUUCCCAGCGAAUUGCCGUCUUAUAGAAGUGGAUCAAUAAAAGCCCACUGCGUCUUGAUUUGACUGGCAGCAGGGUCUCAGCCAGAGCACAGAGCUGCUCCUAGUCUGUGUGUAUGUCAGUGUGUGUGUGUGUGUGUGUGUGUGUGUGUGUGUGUGUGCGUGUGUGUGUGUGUGUGUGUGCUCUUACAUGGGUCCUUGAAACUGAAAAUUUAAUUUUAAGCUUUUUUGUUAACAGUUUUCCUUGGUUGGAGCUCUUAAAAAUGUAUCCCCUCGCCUUAAAUCAUAACCAAAAAGUGUCUUCCUCUCUGCUUUCUGUCCUCAUGGAAACCAGGUCUAAACUCAAGGAGUCCCCUAAGUGAGACCAAGAGCACCUCCUCGUCUCUCUCGGCCCUCAGCGACUCGCUCAACAGCUCAGAGGGCGGAGACCUCACCCACAGUAAUGAAGAACUCAGGGGCCUGCUUGCCCCGCCCUCCUCUGCAGGCAGCCAGUCCAGCUCUGGAAGCCACUCGGGAUCAGGAACUGAGGACAAGUCGGACAAAGGUAAGGAACUCUGAGAAUUAUUGCAACCAUAUGCACAUUUUCUCAUCCAAAAGCCCCUUAAAAUUGCAGCAGAAGCACUUUUCUCCAACAGUAUACUUUGUGGACAAACUAUCCAAUGUUAUCUUAAAAUUACAAGCAUGUUUUACCAAAGAGUUGACUCCCCUCAAAUAAAAGAGACUAACCUCCAAAAACUUGGCUAAACUGGUCAGGAUUGAUGCGAUCAAAGCUCACAGUUACCAAAUUCAGAAAUAAAUCCCUGAGCAAGCCUUCAACAUCUUUAUUCAGUUCUCCCCACUCACUUGAUAGAGGUCAAAAAUAGAAAAAUAUGAACCAUCCUUGUAGCAUAAGUUUUCUGUACUAUCAAGGAUAUUUUCAAGCACCACUUUCUAUUUGGUUUGCUGAUACUUGUACUAGUGCGCAAAUCUAAAGCUCUGCACAAACUUUCCCUGCAUCUCCCUUUGGUUCCUGUUUCCUGGAUUACUCUGAAAUUUAAAGGGAUAUUCCGAUGUAAAAUUAAGUUAGAAUCAAACACACCGUAGCACUAAGUUAGACACCCUGUUGAGGGAUAAAUGUUGCUGACCGCUUACCUCUCUAGUUGUAACAACUGUGGUAAUGGCCGCACGAUAGCAAUACAGAGAGCCACGCCCUCAACCAAAACGCCACUCUAUAGCCACAAAUAAUGCUCAGAACAGCACAUAACUUCAUCAACAGUACAUACAGGGUCCCAACCAUAGUACUAGCCACCAAACAUCUUUUUAACUUAGCCUGAUUUCUUUAGCAAAGAGACUAAACACAACUCACCUACUCUCUUCCAGCAGCCGCUUGUUUGUACAGAGACCUCGACCAGUCCAUUACGGACUACAUUGGGGUGACGCAGCUCAAGGAAGAACAUUUAUGAUAAUUUCUUUAUCAUUUCCUUGAAGUAAUAAUCAUCUUAUUAAUCAUUUUGCACUGCAGACUCGGUAGUUCUUCUGCCUUAGCGUCUCAGUCUGAUUGCAUUUCAACGACAGAUGAUCAUAAAUGUUCUUCCUUGAGCUGCGUAACCCCGCUGUAGUCCGUAAUGGACUGGUCGAGGUCUCCGUACAAACAAGUGGCUGCUGGAAGAGAGCUGGUGAGUUGUGUUUAGUCUCUUUGCUAAAGAAAUCAGGCAAAGUCAAAAAGAUGUUUGGUGGCUAGUGCUGUGACUAGGACCCUAUAUGUACUGUUGAUGAAGUUAGGUGCUGUUCUGAGCAUUAUUUGUGGCUAUAGAGUGGCGUUUUGGUUGAAGUUUGUUUAUGGCUCCCCAGACCGCUGUAUAUUGCUAUCGUGCGGUCGUUACUAAAGUUGGUAUAACUAGAGAAGCAAGCGGUUGGCAACAUUCAUCUCUCGACAGGGUGUCUACCUCGGUUUUAUGGAGUGUUUGACCCUGAAUUAACUUUACGCCGGAAUAUCCCUUUAAAUUCAAUUAGACUACGUCAUCAAAUUAUCGAUUUCUAAUCAGACUAUAAUAAGAAUAACUUUAAUAACAGUAUAAUAACUGUAUACUUACCCUCUCUCCUUCCUUCCUCUCUUCUACAGGUUUCGAGUGUGUCUUCUGCAAUUUCGUGUGCAAGACUCGUAGCAUGUACGAACGACACCUCCAGAUCCACCUCAUCACGCGAAUGUUCGAGUGCGACGUCUGCCACAAGUUCCUCAAGACGCCCGAGCAGCUGCUGGAGCACAAGAAGUGCCACACCGUCCCUUCCGGAGGGCUCAAGUAAGGAAAGCAAGUACAGACAGAGGUUCCUAACUCCGCCUGUCCUCCCCUCCCUCAUCCGUCACCCCCUCAAUUCAUUACUCUGAGAGACCAAUAUACAGUUUAUGAAGCUCAUGCACAUUUAAAGACCAGAGCCAGAGGUGUGCAAACUUAAGGCACAUUUAGUUUCAGUAGUUUUUCUGGGACAGUCAAGCUAAGUUAAUGUAAAGUGAUGAAUGAAAAUAAACUUGGAUGACUCAGAGUAAUAGAUAAAUCAAUGUUUAUGAAGCUGUCUGCAUAGUCAUGGUUCUUUCAAGUCAAAUCUGAUCUAAAGGAUGUAAAGAUAUCGCUUUUAAAAAUGUUUUAAAUCAGAGACGAGCAUAAAUAAGUGGUCAAUUUGAGGAUAAUUCUAGCCAUGUGUUCCUUAUCAGUUAACCUCACUUUAAUGUCCAUUAUCUGCAGCCAGCAAAUGAAACGAUACAAGCUGCAGUUUUGCUCGACAGCCUCUCUUGGCAGGUCUAACUUAUUAGACAGCGGUCUGUGGGUCUGCAGUGGCUGCUAUGAACAGAAGGGAGAGUGAAAGGGAGAUGGAAAUGGGCUUCCCCUCAGGGUCUGUUGUUCCACUGCCCACAGCUAACAGCCAUGCCAAAGAAAAAUAUCUGAUGAAACCUGCAUACCAGAAAGCUGCUUUAUUUUUCCCCCAAUGCAGACACACUGGGCUGGGUAUUAUAUAUAAAAAAAAAAACGCUGGCACACUCCGAGAGGAUAAUCAUUUAGAAGAAAGUGCACACAUGCCAUGAAUGUCUGAUGGCUUCGAUUUGAAGCAGCAUAGACUGGACACUGACACAAGUCUAUUCAAAUUAACAGAUAGCCCAAACUAAAGCCCGCUUUGAAGUGUACUCACUCUGAUCUGAAGCACAGCGUGCAGUUUGUGGGGGGCGAAAAAAGAGAAAGCUUUCCAACCAUAACUCGUGCAGCAGUGUGCAUCCCAAUCUCCUCAAACUCUACAUGUAGAAAUACGCCAACAAGAAGUGCAGCACAUGCAUAUUGUAUGUAGUUAUCUUAGUGGAAGACAUCUUCAUCAUAAGGCAGCUUUGUUUUUCUAAUCUUGACUGUAAAUGUAGCUCCAGCCUCCUCUCAUGCCUCCCUCUCCAUCUCCAUUCUCCAGUCCCUCAGGAGCCUUUGUUGUACUGUGACAUGUUUAUGUCCCAUUUCAGGCCUGUCAGGCUGACAUAAAGACCAUCUGUUGAUCUGAGCAUCCUCACAACACACUGAUAAUGUUAGUAUUUAAGUUUAGAUUGCCUAUAGUGAUGUACUUGUGCAUAAAUUUAGCUUCAGGGUUGUAGUUGACAUUUGGGGAUUAAAAAAAAGACUUUGAUUGUCUUCAAUGUUUAGGGGAAAAUGCUGGAUAAUUAACAUUUUGUUUCAUUUCAAGUAACACAAGCCAUUUUCUUGUUUUUUCUCAUGACUCCAGUCUGUGCAUGCGCAGAACCAUUGAGUAUCAUUAUUAUCGAUUAUCGCCCUCAUCUUGUCACGAGCAAAGAUUUGUACUUUACAUCUUAUUUGUGUGCAGCCAUCAGUGGAGUUAGGAUGUUCUUUGACAAAUGUCUUUUUAAUGGUAGCGUUACUUUACAUGUAGAGCAGGAACAAAACACAAACACACAUCGCGCCCCUUUUGCAGCAUCUGAAAUCUCUUACUCUGUCGUAGUUGUAGCUGUAGUGUGUGAGUGACUCCAUGUAAAGGACUUUUCAACUGUCUCUAAGCUAGCACACAAAGAGAAACUCGCUCCGGAUUAAUGUAGUUUUACGACAGACCUGAAUUCUUUUAUUUGUCAUGGUUAAAUCUGCUUUAAUUCAUCCUCCUCUGUAGUACUGUUUAUGUCUGCACAUGUGGGCUGUAUUUUCAAUUCUUCAAGGUUUACACUGUCUCUUUAAUUUAUGUAAACCAAAUGUAUUUUUAGUCUCAAAGCAGGCAGGAUUCAGCCAACAAGGUGUAGAGUAAAAAUCUCAGACCUAAAGAACAAGCAGUGUUUAGAUAAACUCCUCUAUUGCCUACAUUUUCUGACCCCUAAGGUCCACAUAAAGAUAUUUUUCCUCGACCAGUACGCACACGUGUAUACACUUGAGCAAUGUGAAGUGUAUUUCUAUAUAUGUAGGAGUGUGUAGAAAGGCAGAGAGGGCCUUGACCAUUUCGAGGUUUUUCUGAGGUGAUUCUGUUCUGCAGGGUUUGUGAAGCGCUUUGGGGCCCAGAGCAGAUGAAAGGUGCUAUUUAAAUGUAAGUGCCACUCCAUUCCUUCAUUUCCCUUCAUGUCCUACUGCUCCAAUCUUUUCUCCAGCCUGUCACCCACCUCCUCCUCCUCCUCCUCCUCCUCCUCCCCCACACACACAUAUACCUGAUCACCUCAAUUCUCCCACCAUUAAACUACCACACAUACCACCAUGAGCACACACACCUGUACAUCAUACACACUUUUCCUUUACCUGCUCUUCUCCUCUUCAUAUUUUUGUGUUAUUGAAUUUUAAGGUGUAUGAUGUGUUUUUUUUUUGUUGUUGUUGUUGUUGAAGGUGCACUUCCUCUUCAACUGUCUUUUGCUUCUUUGUGUGUCCUGUCCUCCCUCCCUGCGUCCCUUUUUGUUGAAUUACCCAGGUGCCCUUUCUGCAUCUACUCCACCAAUCGUCCAGCGGCCAUGGAGUGCCACCUAAAGACGCACUGUAAGAUGGAGUACCGCUGCCGCAUCUGCCAGGGACUGUGGCCCGACCAGGCCUCAUUGGAGGCCCACAUGCGGGGGCACCGCCUGGGCAACCACUACAAGUGUGAGCAGUGUGGCUACUUGUCCAAGACGGCCAACAAGCUCAUCGAGCAUGUGCGCGUGCACACAGGUGAGCGGCCCUUCCACUGCGACCGCUGCUCCUAUAGCUGCAAGCGCAAGGACAACCUCAACCUGCACAAGAAGCUGAAGCACGCGCCGCGCCAGACUUUCGGCUGCCAAGAGUGCCCUUUCACCACCACACACCCCUUCGUCUUCAGCCGCCACCUCAAGAAACACCAGAGUGGAGGAGCGGGGGGACUGGGUGGAGGAGGAGAUGAAGAGGAGGAGGAUGAGGAGGCGGGAGAGGAGGAGCUGCCGCUUCAGGGGGUGUCACCAGGGGGGUCAUCGUCGAGGAAGAUCCAGGAGAACUUCUUGUUCGGUGGAGGAGGAGGGGGGAGCAGCGGAGGAAGCGGGAGUAACAGCCCCCUUAUGAGUCUGACGGCGUCCCAGGCGCUGCAGUCCGUGGCUCUGUCCCUCACUCUGGGUAAAUCCCACCAGCUGGACCACACCAGCCCUCUGCACCGCCUAGUUAGCACUAACGGCAACAACAACAACCCCAGCAGCCUGACCAGCGGCAGCCCCUCCCUCUUCCUCCCCUCCUCACGCCACAUGUUCGAGCAGUACAGGAACUGCGAUCAGGCGCACCUGAUCCCCCUCACCACCCUGUUCACCCACAACAGCCGCUUCACAUUCCACUCGCACCUCCACUCCAGAUGGCGGCCCACUACGUCUCCUCUCCUCUUCUCCUCCAGUCCGACGUCCCCCUCCCACUCUCCCUCCACACCCACCUCCCACAAACACUCCUUCCUGGCCUACCUGGGACUGAUGGAGAGGGCCAAGACUGUUUGACCUCGCCCUCCUCCUCCUCCUCCUCUUCCUCCUCCUCCUCCUCCUUCUUCUCACCUCACUGUUUCCCUCACUCCUCAGACAGUGGUGUGAAUGACACUUGACCACUGCAGAGAGAGCGACGUCUUUUCCAAUCAGACCAGCAGGAUAAGCUGGAGCAGACAAACAUAUUGAAGAAACGUUAAAAAAAAAAGAAAAGAAAAAAAAACAUUUAUAAGAGAAAAAGGCUGUACAUGCUAAAAAUGCAUUUAUAUCAAAAAGCUGCUUUUCUUAUCAGUUCUAUCAAUUGAAUUAUUACUACUUCAACUACUACUCUCUAUGAUCUUUAUUUCUGUUUUUAAACAUCUGAAUGACCUGGACACAGUUGCAUUAUCUGAGGAAACUAACGUAUCUCAGUUUUAUAGAUAUUUUUCUUUAGUCGUUUGAUGAGAUAUAAAGUUGGAAAAGACGAAACAAAACUUGCAAGUGCUAUAUUUUAGUGCAUUUUUGUCUAUUGCUAUUAUGCAUCAAGAUAGCAUGCCCGUUUCUGUGUUUUCAACUAGCUUUGACGUCAUUAGCAAGCUGAAAAUUCGAGAUAUCCUGAAGUGUUAGCGGUGCAACGUGGACGGAACCAAUGAAAUGGAGCGCUUUUCGUUGAAAAAGGCACAUUUCCAAAGCAACGCCUCAAACCACGCACUUACUUAUUUAUCAGUCUUGUACAUAGUUUUGUAGCCCUUUCCCUUCCCAUUUUUUUUUUUUUUUUUUUUUUGGAUUUCUGUUGUUUUUUUAUGAUGGUGGAACCAUAUGAUGCAUAGCUGCUGCCUGAUAACACCUCUGCCUCAGAAAAAGCAACGUUAUUAGCUCUUUAAAAUCCUUUUAAGCUCACUGAACAGAGGAUAAGCUGUAUGGAUGUAAAUAGAUGGAAUAAAAAAAUAAUAAUCGGACCAAUCUUGACAGCAAACAUUUACAUUUUGAUUCAACGCUGAUUUAAAAUCAUGCCAAUGAAUUUGCACUCACAGGUGAAUAAGCAGAGAAAUGACAAAGCAGAUACUUAGUAUUUCUGAGACCAGGUGGAUAUCAGUGCAGCUGCAUGUGCAGAACUAUGUAUCACGCACCUAUACUUAGAAAAGAUAUAUGAGAUAACUGUUUUGUGGAGGUGACCAGCUCCGGGUUAGCGAGCGAGCUACCCGCAGCACGGGUCACCACAGGCCGAUUCAAUGGUGCUUUUUGGAGCUUUUUGUAAUUUUUUGUGUACAAAAAAAGAAAAAAAAACUGUUCCAAAAUGACUUGAAUGAAUGUAUUUUGGUUUAUGUAUAUGAAAAUGAAGCGAUACAGAAGUGUGAACAGGGACGUCUUCUGUGCUGGAAAAGACGGGAAAGUCAGUGUGUUUGGUGGCCUUCUGUGUCUUCUUUUCUUUUGUUUGUUUGUUUGUUUGUUUUUCUUUUUUUUACUUUUUUACUGAGCCUUUUACAUCAUGAUAAAACAUUUUCUACUAACAUUCAUAUAAAACCCAUUUGUGAGAAAAAAAAGCUCCUGUAGGUGCAAUGAUGAAGCAAAGCCAUUCACUUGUACAGCGUUGUGUUGGUUGGCAGAUGCUUCGGUUAGGCCGGCAGACAUGGUACUGCUUUUUGCCCCCCCCUCCCCUCCUCCUGUCAACCUUUUCAGUUUUAAUUGCACUUAAUGUAGUUACACUUCAAGCCAAAAGCACUUAAACCUUUAAUUUUCCUUUUUUUCAGUUUUCUUUUAAUGUGCAAACUUAGAUCCACCAAGUUACCAUAAUACAGAGUGGACAGCUCUUGCUGGAAAUGACUCAAUCAACACCCCUUAUUUUCACGUGUAGGCAUUUCUCGCAGUGCAGAAAGGUCUGCCUCUGUGAAAUCUGAGAAAGAAAAUGAAUACAAAUUGCAUGAAUUAGACAGUAGAGGUCAAGCUCUCCCUGGGAACUAAAGGUCCCAGGCUAAAUUGCGAUGAGCCAAUUUUGCACAGUGCUGCACUUUUUGAUUGAGAGAAUAUGUAUUUAUCCGUAAGAAAUGCUCAAUAAGAAGUAUAUUUGCAAGAUAGGGCAGCAUACUACAAGCAUUUUAUUUUGAAAAAGCUUUACCCAUGACUAGUUUUUAUAAGUGGUCUUCAAGCCAAAAUCCCUUAUUUUUAAAGGGAUUGUUUUUUUAUUUUCCUUGUUUUUAUUUUGUCUAUUUUCUCAUGCAUUAUCUUAUAAAGAAUCAUGUUUUUGUUUUUUUACUUUUCUACUGAAAUCAUGUCAGAAUUUACAAAAAAAAAAAAAGAAUAUGAUUUGUCAAGACCAAAAUGUUAGCCGCCGCAGGAUGUGAUGUUAGGAUUGAAUCCGUCACGUCGUGCUCUGGAGCGAUUGUCCCCCUUUACACUGCUGUUUGUUGGUUCCUUUUUUUGCUCUGUCGAUGUCUGGCAUGCUGUCUCUGGAGUGAAGCGAGCAUCCCUCCAACACACACAUACACACACACACACACACACACACACACACACACACAUACACACACACUCGUACUAUCUACGUUAUCUUUUAUACUCUAGUGCCACUUGGUGGAAGGAAACCACCUGAGACUUCUGGGAAUGAGUCAAACUUAAUUGUCAGGGUCCAUAAAAAAGAUAAAGAGAUAAAAAAAAGAAAAGAGUGCAUCCACUCUUGACACCUUUUAAAAUGUUUGCCUUUUAUUAAUCAUGAAUGGCUGCACUUCUUUAUGUCCCCUCUUAGUUUGAGUGUAAUGUUUAAAGAGGUAACAGGGCUCUGUUCUUUUGAAAAUCAAUACGCUUAAGCACUUAUUCUGUUUAUCUUUUGCCCAUUUGUACGCAGCACAGUGACCUUUUCUUUAAAGCUUGACUACCUUUGCAGCACUUCAAAGAAUGCAUGACAUGGCCCCCUCUCUCUCUUUAGCACUUAAUUGUGUUGAAAACUAACUCCCCUCGGUUGCAUUUAGUUAGCAUCCCACUGCACUGUCUACAAUCAGUUAGCUUUACGUUUGCCAGUGUUUUAUGAUUAGAAAAACGGCUCAACUAUUUUCUCUUUUGGCACUCGGUAAAGAAUGGUAUGUGCUGUACAAAGCUUUUUUUUAUUACUCCAUUGUUAAGGCUGUACAGGGUUGUGACGAUAACUGGUAAAUAGAUCAUUUGUACUUUUUUUUUCUUUUUUUUUUUUUUUUUUGGUUUUGUAUUGUUUUUCUUUAUUUGGCAUUAUUUUAUGUUCAAACUUGCCAGAUCUAAAUGUAACCGGAUUUGAAAGUAAAGCUUACAUCAGAUAUUACAUCA